GGGCAGUUCUAUAGGGUGCUGCAUUCAAGUGAAGUCGGAAAUAGCACAAUUUCAAUUGAAGGGGAGAGCUUGAAGUAGGAUUACCAUCACUGAACCACAACAACAGUAAAAUAUAAAGUAGACAUACUCUGGGCAGCUAAAGACGACUCUGUCAGUGUGAGCAGAGCACCUUGAUUAUUAAACCAAUUAGAAGACAGCGCAGGUCAUGUGACCCUAAUUUGUUUAGCACAACUGUAGUCAGACUAUUUCCAAAAAGAUGUAAAGUACAAUGUGUUAAAAUGUGAAAAUUUCCAUCAGGUUCUGGAUUGAAAUACCCUCCUGCUGACCCCCACCCUCCCAGUCAGUGGUGCAGCUGUGGCCUUCAAGGACAAGACACUGUGAGGCAUUUUGAUUCUCCAUUUGUCAGGAAAGUUUUGUCAUCUAAAAUCUCUAUCUGGUCUCCUUUUUUUGCGCAUAGCAACAGCAACUAUCUUCCUCAAUGUCUUCAAGCCAGCUUGAUGCAGGAUCAUACACCAAAUAAUCUGUAUGUUAUUUAUGUAAUAUGACUGCAAUACAGUGUACUGCGUUGUUGGAAGGGGACUCACUCCUAAUGUGAAUAAAACUCAUUCAAAGGGAACAAAAACAGUUUAUUAUAAUCAGGUUCUUGUACACUGAUUUAAACUACUUUUGACUAUCAUAUCCCAUUUCUGCCAUGUCUGUUCCAUUUAAUGCUGCCAAAUCCUACACAAUGCACCUUUAAGGGUCCAGACUGACAGCUUUUACUUUUGGCCAUCAUUUGAGUGAUGAAAGUUGUUUAUACCUCAUUAUUUGUUUGUCAAUUUUUAAACACUGUAACUUAGUACUUACUGUAAUAGUAUAAUAGCCCUUAUACAGUAAGUCAUUAUGGACAUUUAUUAUGAAGGUAUGACUGAUAAUGUAAAAUACUGUAACGCACAAUUUGACUCCUGGGUUUUAUAAAACGUAACUCCCACAACAUAAUCUGUAAUGGAGAUUAAAAGAAACUAUAAUCUCUGCAAUUUUCAAAUAGAAACAUGUGUCACCAAUGUUAUAACUAAUCUUUGUAACACUUAGAAAAGUUAUUAUAAGCUGUUUUGAAUGCCUAGCAUCUCUAGAUUGUUUACAUAAAUAACUAAAUAGAUUAAAAAAGCCUCAUAAAUGUAUUGAUAAUGCAUUGUAAAUUACAUAUAAUGCAGUGAAAUAACUUAGAGCUCUUCUGAGAAACUUCAGGUUCCUGUUGACUAUGGGACCCCCUGUAGACAAGCUAGUCUGCUUAUUUUGUCUUCUAAAAGCGUAAGUAGUGACUUUUGACAGAAUAAACUCCUCUUGCUGACCUUUGACAGUAAAAUUUAAUGUGAAUGUUUUAUGCGGAAUUUUUAAAAAGGCUCUUUUAUUAUGCUGCCUGGCCAACACCUAACCCCCUUUGCACCAGGUUAAGACACUAAAAAAUAAAACAUAUAAAUGUUCUGUCUUGUCACUGAAAGAUUUGUUUGCUUUUGGAUAUCAUGAAAAUGCAUUAAUGUAAAUUCUAGUCUAUUUCAUAAACUUCAAAAUUCCUCAUAGUAGCUUUAACUUUACAACCUAUGUUGAUUGGUUUCCACCAAGCUUCUUUUUUAUCCCGCGUGACCUGAACGCAACAUUUGAUGAAAAAACGGAGGCAGAACAAAGUCCUGCAUCAACAGGUAUGUGCACAGUGUGAGAGCAUUGACAAAGAAUGAGUGCACCGUGAAACUCAUUUGAAAGGAAACAAUUAAUGAAUCAAAUUCAGUCACUCACUGACUGCAACAUUUCCCAUUUCAUUACUCCAGCAAGUGAUCAUUUUACUAAAAUCACAAUCAAAAUACCAAGUAAAGAACUCUUGAUGAACAGUUAAUGGUGUCAAGUUUAAGAGCUGUGCUUGAAGGCAGCACGAAACUAGAAGUGGGCUUUGAAAGCUACGAGGAAGUGAUUUUGAUUGACAUGUCGCAUCGAUGCCGCAGAGCAGCCAAGAAAAUGAUAGAUUGUUAUGGUGUGUGCGCGGCAGCUCGUACACAACCAGCAUGUGCACAGACUGUGGUGUUGCUGUGAUACUACCAAUAGGCGGGACUGUGGAUCUGCAGUGUGUCUGCGAGUCGCACAGCUGGAGCAGGAGCAGAAGGCUGGCACGCGGUCCAGCUGAGACCAGAUGACUGAGCUCAGCUGCGGACUCCUUCACAAACACACAUCCCAGCCACAAGUUGCUGCCCGAGUACGCCAGAAGGGGGACGUGGGGUUAAUGUGACGUGAAAAAAAAUACCCGCAUAGCUCAUUCAGAGGAGCGUCUGCACCAACUCUGGAGAAGGACCGAGCGGCUCCUGAUGAGUUCCUUCCUCUGUGUGAACUGGUGUUCCCACUUCGUCGCCAAAGACGCGUUUUGAGUUUUGGUGGUGCGGGUGAUGCAACGAUUUUUAUCCAAGUGCUCACUCUACAACUGUCAUCACCGUCGCCUCCUCUUGCAGAGUAUGGGACGCGACAAACUCUAAAGGUAGGAAAUGAUAACUUGCAUGUUAUUUAUGAAACUGAGUCAUAUUUGGACAUUUUUACGCGCUGCAUAUGUCAAAUAUCUCAUCCUUGACUGUUACACUGAAAAAAAAAAACUAUCACAGCAAUUGUUUCCCGUGUUAUCACUCCUUUGGGAGUUAUGCCUAUGAGAGCCAUUGUUGCAACAGUAUCAGCUCACGCGUGGACUUGUCCUCUUGCACCAUCAACCACAUCAGAUUGAGGGUUUCAUGUUGACUCAUAGAGGAGACUUUCAUUCUGGAAAAAUUGCUCACAGCUGUUUUGCUCUGAUUUGUGAAAGCGCGUACAUAUUAACAAGUUGAAUUAAUUGAAUUAAAGGGCCUGUGUGGAGUCAUUACAAGUAGAGGGGCAUCGAUCCUUAGCGCGGUGGAGGCAGAGGGAGGACUGCCUGUUCCCAAAAUUAGAUUGCUGGAGAUGCAAGCUAUUUAUCCAGCUUUAACUGACGAGAGAAUGAUGGUUAAUAAACGUUGUCUGCAAACUAACGACAUCCUGGAAGGAGAGGGAAGAAGCAGAAGUGCAGUUUGAUCAAGUGCAAAACAGACUCCACGGUGGGGGUAAUCAUCCAGUAUCAAAGAAGCCUGAGUGCUCUGCGAGUCACCAAUUAACACCUGCGCUCACUGUCUUCACCUGAAGAUCCUCUGACCUGCUGUUCAGGGUGAGGAGCUCAAAUGCUAUUGGAGCCUAUUAAUUACUGAGCCUUUGUUUCAGCAUUAUAACCCGAGACAGUUAAAACAAAACAAUCAUUACCUGCAGUAAGACAAACACCAUUAGCAUUCAGCCACCUCCAGAGGACUACAUGGUUGCAUAAAAAGAAACCAUAGUAGAGCUGUAUUUUUACAGCUUACUUUCCUUACAGCUUCUGCAGGGAAACAGCAUAUUUUCUCCCUGUUGCUGGCAUCAUGUCUCUCCUUCAAAUUGUGUUCCUAGCAACAAAUCAGACUGUUGCCCACACUGACAUUGGUAUUUAUUAGAGCAGUUUAAGUUCUGGGGAAACCCUGGCCAUAUCAACAAAUCGGUGAAUUUGACAAUUGUGGACACAAUAGUAAUGCUGGCUGCUCACUAUGUCUAAGCAAACAUUCAACUGACAUGACAAAAGAGAGAAUAGCAAGGGUCAGGGGUGUUUCAAAUUAUAUAGUUUCCUCAUGAUUUGAGCAUUUAUAAGUUAGAUUAAAAAAAAAAAACUACAAACCUCAAAGGGAUAUUCCGGUAAUUUAGAGUCAAACACACCCUAACACCGAGUUAGACACCCCCUCGAGAGAUGAAUGUCGCCGACUGCUUGCUUCUCUAGUCAUACUAACUUUAGUAAAAACCGCACAACAGUACGUAUAAGGUCCCAGCCAUAGUACUAACCAUCAGACACUUUUCUAGCUUUGCCUGGUUUCUUUUGCAAAGAUACUAAACACAACUCACCCACUCUCUUCCAGCAGCCGCUUUUUUGUGGUGAGACCUCGACCAGUCCAUCAUCGACUGAGGCAGGGGGGCGCAGCGUGUGGUUGUUACUAAAGUUGGUAUAACUAGAGAAGCAAGUGGUGUGCAUCAUUCAUCUCUCGAGGGGGUCUCUAAUUUUACGCUGGAAUAUCCCUUUAAGAUACAUAAAUGCUCAGAAAACUGCCAAAUUAAGUUUAUUUAAUACUGCCAAACUGGGGAUCACAGUCUAUGUGAAAGUGGUUUGCUUGGUUAAUACCUACACGCCUAUGCCGGUGGACUCGGAAUCCAAUUUGCUUUCCCCACACUAGCUAGCCAUUUAUAUAACCAAGUUAAUCAGAUGCAACAUAAAAAAUCUAUUUUCCUGCUCAGUGAGAUGCUGUCUGUCAUAGACUGGCAGAAUGCAAAAGGAAGCAUUUGUUUAAAAGAUGGUUCUUAGCUCUUGUUUAUAAGGUUCAGCAUGUGUCAAUGUCCCAGUUUGACCGAUUCUGGACUUCAGCUUGACACCACAGUUACAUCUGUUGAAUCUUGUUUCGUACCUGACGUCAUAGAGGAGAAGUGAUGGCUGUAUGACUCUGGUGAAUGUUUAAUGAGAGCGCUAUAACAGGAGAAUAGCACUGAAGGCCACGUACUGGCUCAUUCUGACUGGCUCAUUAUGAGUAAGUCUGCUGGCUGCUGAAUUAAACCAGUGAAAGGUCAAAAAUAUUUUGCCUGCUUUAUUUUGGUUCAAUCAGCCCUCUUAUUACCUGUCCUCUUACACUGACUGCAGUGAUUGAAGGUGAUUUUCAUCCUAAAAGCAGCAGGGAUUAUCUGAGGCAUCUUUGAGUGCUGGGGCUGCUGAUUACUUGCUCCAUUGCUUCUUCACUCACUCCCCCCUCUGCCUUAUCCUUCCAUGUUUUGGCGUCAGAGCAGUGGGAUUUGGCUUGUAAGCUGUGACUGGCUGCCUGUCUGGAUAUUUGGAAGUCUAAGCAGCUGGAGCUUGCAGCACGUCACAUCCAUAUGGGAGACAAACUUCAUUUCUCUCCACUGUAGUCAGCAUGGCUGAUUUGGCUGAAUGUUGCUGAUUAACUGCACCUCUUUUGAAUAUCGGACACGUUUGCUUUGUGUGCACUGAGCAUCUGAUACAGAGGAUGCAAAUGAGUCGGCAAUCAACACCGGCUCUCACCUGCAUGUGUCUACACUGACCAAUCUGUCACAAAUCAAUAGAAUAAUUAGUCCAAAGUCUGUUUAGCAGACUGCGGCUUGUUUGAUCUCUCUUGACCUCUGUGAUCUGACAUCCUGAACGAGUGAAGUGGUGCUUGACUUUUAGAUUAUGAUAGGGAGGAAGGAUUUCAAGGAUUCAAAGUGCUUCAGAACAAGAGGUAAAAUCAAGUUGAGGACAUAUCUGUAAAAAAAACCUCUGCAUCUCUGUUUCACCUUCCUCUCUUCUGCUGCCGCAGUGCAAUUACUCCAGGCCUCUAGAGCGGCCACCCUUGAUAUUUAGCAUCACCUCUUCCACCUCCACCUGCAGCAGUGUUGCACUUAUCAGUGAAGCCAGCCAUAAUUGGAUCUAUUGUGCAGGGCUGCCGUUUUAUGCCAGAAGCCCAGCAGCAAAAUAUAAAAUCCAGGAGGUAGAGGAGGAAGUGAAGUGGGAGGAGGAGUAUAACGGAGGCAGAGCAGUGCAGAAGAAGGUAGUAAAACUCAAUAAUUACUGAGAAGCAGCUCUGCAGACACGUGUGCUGGAAGCCUGCCAUCCUUGGAGAGUACGGUCCAGUGCACUUGUUGCCUCUGUCCGCUGACUUCCCUUUAUCACUUUUAAUUACCGAAUCCCAUUAUUCCUGCAAAGUCCCUUCACUUACCCUUAUAUCAUCCCCAUAGUUUGAGCCAAGCAUAUUUAAAGACUAAUUAAGAAAACCACCUUAAUUCUGUUCUAUCAGGAAAGUAGUCAGUUCAGCAGGAGACUUAGUUCAACCUCUCACUAUUUAUUGAUUUUACGACCAGAAAGGGGAACUGAAAGCUUCUCUGGGAAGUUUAUUUUAGGGUGUUUUAAAAACAGAAGAAAGCAGGAUAUUUAGUAGAAAGCUCAUGCAAAUAAUAAAACAAGCACAGAAACAAAAAAACAAAAAAUGCCCACAGGGGGCGCCAUAAUCAACACAAACUCAAAAUGGUCACAGUAGAGAAGUUUGGUUCAAUGUGCACCUAAUUUUGAAGUCAAAUAAGUCUGUCUUUCCCCGUAACACCAUUGUUUGUGACAGACACGUUUAUAGUCGGACUUUUAAAAGACAUGUAAACCCAUUAGUAAGAUUGAUCCACAGUGUUGCCAACUGACUUAUUUUCAAAAAACGCCUAGCAAGUAGCAACAAAUCUAGUGACUUUUUCUGGAGUUUAGAGACUCUAACAUGAAAGCAGGUAUUGAUGUUACUCUUCUCAACUGGUAGCCGGUGUGCAUCAAAAAAACAGACACAUACAGACACUCUGCAGAAGACUCCUCCUCCUCCUCCUCCUCCUCCUCCUCCUCACGGGGGUCGGUAGUGGUGGUGGAAGAAAUAAUGCAAAUUAGACCAUGAAGCCAUCUUGCAACUUCUAGCGACUUUUACAACAGCCACUAGCAACUUUCCUUACUGAGGAGUUGUCAACACUUUUGAUGGAGCUUCUCGUACUGGGACUAAUAUGUCUAGUUAAUGCAGUUGGAGAUUUAUUUUCUUCUUAAUCAGACUGAAACUGGUCUAUGCAUGCUCUAUUGUUCCCAUGCUGGGCUUUGAGCUGGAGGUGAAGAAGCAUGGAUGUGUUGCUGAUAUCAGUGGGUAACUCCGAUUAUAGGCGUUUUAAUUUGCAGUGAACAUUACUGGUGGUUUACCUGUUUUUUCCAAAGGUGGUAAGGAAAGGUGGGCCAAACUGAAGCAUAUGUGUAAAAUUAAAAAAUGUCAGUUGAUGCAAAGUCUUCAUCCAAAGAAAGCUCACCUCAUGUUUUGCAAAGACUUUUACGAAUUAAUUUAAAAAGCCAGAAGGUAACUUUCUCUUGUGGUUUGAUUUAGGCCUAAAUCACCCCUCGUCUUUCUCUGUCCUUCCUGCGAUCUUCGUGUUCCCAUGAAAGGGCACAGACCCUGUAAAAUCUCAGUCUGUCAGUGCUCUCCGCUCUCUUCACCUUUAAAGGUUUGGCUGGAGCUCAGGAGAGAGAGCCACAAGCAGAGGAGUAGAAGACAUUUGAGGUUUUCGGUAGCUGCAGAGGGAAAGUGUUGGACCUGGGGAGCUAUAAAUCAGACUGUGGCUGGAAUUUAAUCACUUGGAUGAAACACGGCUGUAGACAAGCUGGGUGGCUGUGGCUGUUGUAUUUCAGCUAGUGUAGUGAUGACUAAUGCUAGGGACUGAGCAGUGGUGAGAUUAAUAAAAGUUUCAGUUGACUGGCAUCUUACAUGUGUUAGGUGUGCCUCACUUUCACAACGGGAAUUGAAAAAUAACCAGAGUAACGCCUGUUUUGUUCGGCACCUGCAACAAAAAACCCUCCACCUUUGUUUUCAGACUCAUUCUCUGUGCAGUCUGUAAUCUCUCACGCUCUUUAUCUGAAUGUGCAUAAUGAAUGGGGUAUUAUGAUGACAGGAAAUUGUGGGGUUCGUGGUCUGCUCAGGGAUGUGAGAUGUUCCAGGGAGAAAUACAUAAACAGGAACUAGCCAGAGCUAAUGUAGUUAAAAAAAAAACCCUGCAGGGGGGUAAGGAAGACGCUGGCUGGGUGAAUGUGAAACUCCUUGCAUUUACACACAACAUGAAACUAGCUGAGAAUGAAACCACCAUGUAGCUCAGUGAGCACAGCUCAGACAGGCAGGAGGAAAUGAAGCAGAUAAGCUCUGCAAAGAGCAUUGUAGUCUCCAGAUGUUCAGUGUGUGCACCGCUCUGUAUAAACCACAAACACUUCUAAGAAAACCCAAAAUCUUUCAAAUUCAGCACAACUUGUUUGUCUGUUUUGGUGGUGUUUCCCAGAAGCUUAACCUCUAUAUUUCUGCAUGCAGGGUUAGGCUGUUUGUGUCUGCAUGUUCGCCUGGAAGGAAUAUAAACUUAUUAGUAUACCAGUAUAAGAAAUUCUCUUGAUUCUUUCCCUAACAUGCUACAGAGCAGUCAUGUACAGUAUUUUAAAAUGCUGAAUUCAGGAAUAUUAACCUUGCAUUAAAACAGCAAUACAUUGGUAUUAGUUCUUGAAAUUUCAUGUGUAAUCAUGAUCAAGAAAUUCGGCUCUUUUACAAAACCUCUAAAAAUGACAACCCCCAUAUUAAUCUGCAAGCAGCAAUGUAGAGGCCCUUGCACCUCUGUGCAAGAGCUUACAACCUUGAGGUCUGGAGCUGCCACUGGCUGUGUAGCAGCUGCCACUGUGCCCAGUGUUAGUUCUCUUUGCAUGAGGUAAAUGCAUGUUUAGAUGUAAACAGGCUAUCAGUUGAAGUAAAUAAAUAAAUUAAUUAAUUAAUUAAUAAAAUGUUUCAAUACUGCAAUCUUAUCGGUGGCCUUUAAGGCAGGGCCUUCCAAAAAAAAGGCAGUCACACAAUGUUGAACAAUUGCUUUUGCACAGCUUGAUGGUGGUUUCUCUUCCUCCUCCGCUGCACGUCGGUGGUGGGCCAUCAGGUGAGCCUGCAAAUUUGUGGCUGUAGACAGGUGACACAGCUGCUUUGUACAAAGUUAACAUGCAGCCCUGUCUUUGUCUUCUUUUUAUUCAUUUACAGUGUAGAUCUGAAUAUCCAUACACCCUGCUCUUGUCCACUCAGAGCUGCUUUACUUAAUCAUGUCCUACCUGGUUUACUGGGGUGAAGUGUGCAUGGACUGGUCAGGUUACGAUGACAGCGCCCCCUGCUGGAUCAAAAGACAACCUACUUCAGGUGACCUGAUGCCCUGUUGUAGCGUAUUAUUAUGAAUUUAAACAGAUCAUGGUGGUUUGAAUGUAAACUUUUCCCCCAGAGUUUGAAUGAAGGUUUGAGUUUUGAAUAAAAAUACAGCCACCACAUUUGCAUGUCAUUUUUAUUUAGUAAUGGCUGGUAAUAUCCCUUGUCAUCAAUAGGUGGUGUUAUUACUAUGACAGAAAUAUGUAUGAUGAUGGGUCGAGGUGGGAACCAUCAUCUUUCCUGUGAAAUUUGGAGCAGAUCAGAUAAUGUCAAGUCAGUACUGUGUAAUCCACUGGGUGGCGCUAUUAAGUAUAUGUCAUAACCAUGUUUCAGGAAAUUAAACAGAUUGAACACCAUAUGAGAAAGUUGAAAUCACUCUCUGCUGUCAUGAGGUAUAAAAAAUUGUCUGAUAACUUUGAACUGUGUCUACAUAACACCAUGGACAACUUAGUACAAAUACGCUGCCUGUAAAUGGCCAAAAUCAGACAUUUAACUGAAAUAUUUGGGCUUCUUGUUGGGAUUAAAGCAUGGGUUUAAGAGGAUUUUUUUGUAGGGUUUAGCAUAAUAUUAAGGCCUAGCAAGUUUCAUGUAUGUAAGCUGAAUCUAGUCAAGGGGCUAAUUUUUAUGUUUCAGGGAUGCUUUUGAAUCAGUGAUCUACUGAAACCUUUUUUUCCCACUCAUCCUAAUGCUGGGUAAAGUUUGCUGAAUUGGCAUGUUAGGGUCUCCAUUUGAGAAGAAAAAAUGGAGACCCUUACAGGACAGCAAAAAAUCCUAAGAGUUUCUGAAAGGCUGUUGCACAAAAGUUGACAAAAUGUAUUCACCAAGAAUGUGUGACUCCAAAACUAAUCAUGCACAGAGGGGGCAUUUCGAAAUGGUUGUCUCAUAUUUGGACCUAUAUAGUAGUUUGGGUCCAAAUAACAUAUACAUAUAGUUUUUAGUAAACAGGAUCUUAGUGUUUAUUGGUCCAUAUACUCUAAUCAGAUGGUAGCAGAACAUCUUUAGUGUUCAUCUAUGUAAGCAAACUUUACUUUGGCAACCUCUUGCUGUAUUAUAUAAGGUCUCCCCUAAAAACCAUUGUCUGAAUGGCAGCAUAAAAACCUGAAUCAUUGAGUAUUUAUGGUGUCUUCAUCCAUGUGUAAGUUCGUCAUGCUAUUGGGGUGGCAGUAGCUCAGGAGGUAGAGUGGUUGUCCAAUAACUGUAAGGUUGGCGGUUUGAUUCCCCCCUCCCUAGUCUGUCCGUUGUGUCUUUGGGCAAGAUACUUAACCCACUUUGCUCCCAGUGUGUGUCCUCCACUGGUGGCAAACUGGCAGCCAUGUUUCCAUCAGUCUGCCUCAUGGCAGCUGUGACUACUAAGGUAGUUUACCACCACCAGGUUGUGACUGUGUGAGCGAAUGAAUGAUGUAUCCAUUAUAAAGUGCUUUGAGGGUCACUGAUAAAGCGUUACAAAAUUGAAUGCAUCAUUAUUAUUAGAAUUAGAGAUGCUGGCUCUUCAACUCCCUUCUUUAGAGCCAAAGAUGUGUCCACGGUUUCCAAGAAGGAUGUCCAUGUCCAAGUCCAUGUUAGAUCUUGAAGCUAGUUAACUUAAAACUGGUUUGCCAGGUGACCAGCCGAGAGCUAAACACGGAUACAAAGCGCUUCGUUGAACUGGUUUAAAACACCAGUUACAAAAAUGUUGAUCUAUGAGCUGUACUGAGCUGGAAGGCCAGUUUUCCUACAUUGUGACUUGUCACUGUUAACUUUAAAUAUUUUUCAGUUUUUGUGCAAAGCUAAACCAGCAGCCUGUGUGCUUUUGCUGCAUUUAAAUGAAACAGACACGAGAAAGGGGAAAAUAAUCAUCAUCUUUGACUCUUGGAAAGAAUUAAUUUCCCAAAAUUAGGUGAAAAAUAUCGAUCAGGAGGUUACUUGUUUGGCCCAUAAAUUUGCCCUCUCCUUUUUUUUGUAAAAGUGACUUUUUUCAGAUGACAAAAGCAUCAAAGAAAGGAAUUUGUAAACUGAGAUGAUUCGCUAGUUAUCAACAGGAAGUGAGACUCCUGACUUCAGCACUGCAGAAAACAGGCAAUGAAUCCUAUUUGCAGCUUUCUCUGAAACAAAUGACGGUUGGCAGGGAUAGUCUGGGUGUUCACUCUCUGAAACUAACUGCUUUGCUCUGUUGCAACAGAUGAUGGAUCACGUUUGCUCUUUUACACAAUGUGGCUUCAUCUUUUGCUCAUCUACAAUGAGGGCAGGAGGAAGUAAUGUGUGUGUCAGUAGAUAAGUGACAAAGUGAACAAAAAGGGAGGGGAAUGUGAAAAAACACAAGUGUUAGAAGUAUUCACAACACAUGAAGCUUAAACCUGCUGCACAGGGAUAAAAACAAAAAAAAAAGUGUGGACUCUUACGCUCCUGCAGUGUUUCACACAGGCAUACCAACACACCCUUCCGGUGUUUGUUACGAAGCAAACUUUCACAUCUGGUAAAAAGGACAGAAGUUUGAGCAGGAAGCCUGAAAACAAAGCAGUAAAAACAGGCUGACACAAUGAUACACGGUUGUUUCUGAGGGGGCAGACGGCAGAUAUAAUGGCAGCACAUGGGAUCUGCAGGAAUGCCCUUUUCUAGUCUCGCACUUCACACUUUUCAUUUGAAGUCGGAAAGUUGAGAUGGGAGAUAUGAGAGUGUGCCAGAUGUGGGGCAGGAUGCAUGUCUUUUUUCUUGUUUCAGUGGGCGUGAUAAAGCAUUACCCCACGGCAGCUGCUGUGUUCCUUCAAGACAAUCUGCAUAUUUCUUCAUUUAUGUCCACGUCAUGAUAAAGUGCUGCUUUUUCUUUGUGUAGAACAUUAGUAAAAGUGUUAUUUUCUUUAGAGAGGCCUGGAAGUGGUGUUUUCUGAUGUUUUCCAUCAUGGCCACUCCUCCCUGUGAGAUUAUUUUCCCUUUUUUCCAUGUUUGACUGCCAGAGUAUGUUUUCUCCUUAUCUCCUGCUCUCCCAUCCUCCCCCCGCCACCCCUAUCCUCCCUCCCUGAGGAGCUACUGUAGCGGCUAAUCUCCAUUUGCAGCCGGUGCCCCCCCGCUGAUGUGGCAUUCUGCGUGUCCAGGGAAAAGGAAAUGUUCCCCUUCCUGCUCUCAGUACCCUGCGGUCUGUAAAUAGAGCCUGCCACCAGCUGCCCUGUAGGCCCCUCUUGAGAACUAUAUCUGUCCCAUCAUACAACACCCUUGCUACAACUUCCUGAAACAAACCAACUGGGGGUGUGAAGCUCGAGAUAAGGGCGGAGUUGGAAAAAUAAGAAGAAGUGGUGUCCUAUAUGUUGUUGCAUUCUUGUAAUUCUAUCCACAGAGAUGAGAUAAAGCCCCAUUAUUGGCCCACCCAUUGGAAACCAAAGUCUGAGUAACAGUUGAUAUAUUAUCACAUAAAAGUUGAAACACUGGGUUCUUUUAGAGUCACCACAAGUUUAGAUUUGUUGUUGGAAAUGAAAAGCUUUUGUGGCAGAAGAUGAAAGGAUGGAAAAUUUACUUUCACCACUUAAGUGAUUGUGAAAUCUAAGAGAAAAUGAGCAAUACAGGAAAGACGGUGCACAGGAGAAAGAGCAUGGCUCCUGUUAUGCAUCUUUGUUUUGUUUUUUUUAGCUUGUUUGAAUGCACAAUUUUGAUAUUUUAAUAGCUUUAAACUUUCUUGUUUGAUUGAAAGACAACCAGCACAACGAGAUGCCUUUAAGAUGGUUUUCUAAUCAGGAGUUACAAUACUUCAAAUAUCUACAAGAAGGUUUGAGCGCAUUCACUUAAAGCCUCCGUGAGGAAAUGAAAUUUACUCUAAUGUGCCACAAGACCAUGCAAGGCCAUAAACAGCAGGGCUUUUUUCUCUCCAUAGUUAUUUAUAAUGCCUCAAACUGCUGCUGCAGGGCAAGUGUCAGAUGAAGUGAUGAAUGACAAUCUGCAGAAACUGUUUUCAGAACGGUGUUUUACAUGGGAAAGACUCUUCAGAGAAAGUGAGGGUUGGGCUGAUGUGUAAAAUGUUUGAAAAGCAGAAUGUGAUCAUUUAAAGCCUGUACUUAAAGGUGGGGUAGGCUUCAUUUCAGAUUCUGAAUGCUCACUCUAAAUUUAAAUGGAUAUUGUUUACCAUUGUGCUGCGUCCCCUUUUCUUUUAACAACACUGUAAAUAUUUGGGAACCAGGGAGACCAGUUUUAAACAGAUCUCAAAGUGAUUUGUCCUCCUGUUCUCGCCUGAUGAAGAAAACCAGCUGCUCAGCAUUUCAGGGUCUCCUUUUACCCCCUCAGGUGAAAAGUCAGGGCUGCAGGAUGGACAGUUUAGAGUCUUCUACUAUGAAGCAAUGCUGCUUUAAUAGAUGCAAAUUGUAGUUUGAGAUCAUCUUGCUGAAUUACACAAACUCUUCCCUGUAAUAAAAUCAUUAUCUGGAUGGCAGCAUAUGUUGCUCCAAGCCUGUAUAUAUUGAUUAGCAUUAAUGCUGCCUUUCCAGAUGUGUAAUCCACCUACAUCAUGGGUACUCAUAAACCCCAGUACCUUUAGAGAUGGUAGCUUUUGAGCUUUGUACUGUUGACGUGUGUUUAUUCCUCCUCUCUUGAUGGCAGAGGAUGCAUCCAUGAUUUCCAAAAAGAGUGUCAAAUUCAGAUUAAUCAGAUCACAGGACAAUUUUCCAUUUCGCCUUAAUCCAUCUUGAAUGUGUUGAUGCAUGCACUGAUUUCCACAACAGAGUCAUGUCUGUUUUUUAGUGCAGUUCAGCCUGUGGGCCUGUACAUUCACACACUUGCAGAGAUUGGGCUUAAGUCAGGGAGGAGAUCAGAUAAGAGGUGUUUGGUUGCAGAGAUAGAGACAGAAAGUUCCUCAGAGGAGAUCUGAGUUAUGAAACUUAAUUUUGUAAAAAAAACAAACACUUUAAGUUUUAAUGUUGCACUGGCUUGCAACAGCAGUAUAAACCCCUCAAAGAAUUAUGUGAGUGACUGGCUCUGAACAGGUAUAAUCAUCAUCAUCAUGAUUGUAAAAGGAAGAAAUUGAAAUGCAAGCUGUGUCAGGUCUGUCCUCUAGCAGAGACGACACUAACGUUUAAAAUGCUUUUUUGUAGCGCUGAGGCCAGAUCCAUUAUGGCUGAUAGGUUGCACAAAAUGCUAAUGGCUUUGUAGCAACAGGGUCACACAGACUUGCUGUUGCAGCUAUGACUUUUUAUGUAGAGUAGAUGCUGUAGAUGGAAGCUGGUGUGCCAUUAUACUGGAUUAGGUCCCUCUUUCUUUUUGCUCUCCAGCUAAAUGUUAAUGUCUGCAGUGAAAAACCCUCACAAUGGCCAUUAUAAAAUGCCUUUGUUUAGUAUAAAAUGUAUUUUGUGUGUAUUUUGUAGUUUCUUGAUCAAGUGUUAGCAUACUGUUCUAGACAAUUGUGGCUCUACAUGACACUUAACUCCAAAAUUUACAGACUCUUAUUCCUCCUGUUGAAGGAUCAUUAAUUCAGGCGUAAAUUUAAGCCAUGUCAAACACACCAUAACGCCAAGUUAGACACCCCCCCAAGAGAUAAAAUCUUGCCAACUGCUAGCUUCUCUAGUUUCACCAACUUCAGUAAAGACCGCACAAUAGCAAUACAUCUUCUUGUAUGUGCACUGCAGAUGCAGUCGUUCCUCUGCCUUAGCGUCUUGGUCGGCGUGUUGACAUCUACGUUCAAAACAACAAGCCAACAGUUCACUAUAGUCCGGCCGUAUCUAAGCAGCAAUCCGAGUAUUUCUGCGACCUGGAUAAUUACAUACAUUGACUAUUGCGUCUUCCUUUGCCUCAGGUAUUCGGUCGUGACUGAUUUCUCUUCACCUUUGCGCUGGCUCCUCACUCUUCAUGAGAUAAACAAGUGCAAUGUCACGUAAAAUCUCGUGUUUGCUUACUUGAUUUUUCCCUGCAAAUAUGUAAAGUUAAAAAUGCUCAUCUUCGCUCAUUUCCCGGCCAGCACUCGAUAAUAACAGUUGUAAACUGAUAUGCAAGAUACACAAGAACUCUGAUUGCAUUUCCAUGAAGAAAUAAUCAUAAUUUUUUUUCCCUGAGCUGCGGAACUCAGCUGCACUCAGUGAUCGAGUCGUCAGGGCUCCCCCACAAACAAGCGACUGCUGGAGGAGAGUGGAUGAGUUGUGUUUGGUCUCUUUGCUAAAGAAACCAGGCAAAGCCAAAAAAAAAAGAUGUUUGGCGGCUAGUACUAUGGCUAGGACCCUAUAUGUACUGUUGAUGAAGUUAGGUGCUGUUCUGAGCGUUAUUUGUGGAUGUAGAGAUGCUUUUUGAUUGACGUUUGCGUAUAGAGACAUAGAAAUAGACAUAGAGGUCGUUGCUGAAGUUGAUGGAACUAGAGAAGCUAGCAGUCGGCAACAUUCAUCUCUCAAAGGGGGGUCUAACUCAGUGUUACAGCGUGUUUCACCACGGCUUAAAAUUACACUGGAAUAUCCCCUUAAAUGCAUCCUCAUGACCAUGGUAAGUCCAAGGCUUUGGUCAGGGUUGACCAUCUAAUUCUGGUUACUCCAGCAACUCCAUAACUGUGUGUAAAAAAAGACCCUUUAGUUGUGUGUGAAGCAGUGUGACCUUACAAUAUGUCAGUUAAUCAGAGUAAAUAAAUGCACCCACACCUUUUCACUCGGGAUCAUUCCCAAAGCAAACAUCAAUCAGACAUGUUGUACUCAAAUGCCAGUGGCGAGAGGAUAACACUAAAUCAAUGGCUGUAUGGAGACUGUGCAUUAGCUGGGGGGUAUUUACUCGCAUGGAAAUGAGCCCAUUAGGAGAAUAUCAAUAGCAGGAUGGAUAUCAUUGUCUGUGUGUUUGUCAUUGUUCCGUCAUCAGUCGAAGCUAGUGGCAGUUUAGGUGUUGGAGAUUUACAGGGGCAGUUUUCUCCUAAUGUGUGGGCUUUUUAAAAGGGCUUCCUCAAGCGAAGUCUGGUGUGAUUUAGAUCAGGGAAAGACUUUCACUCACUCCACACAGACAGGCUAAUGAAGACGUGAAUUUGAAGACAACAGCAAUGGCUCAUAAAUAUGCUGGGCUAACCCAUCUCUGAGCUUCAUCUGAAUCGGCCCACUAUUCAUCAGCUGAUAAAACACAACUUACAAAGCAGCAGCCAAGUCACUCAAUUCAAAUUAAAUGAUAAAACAGAUGAAUUGUGCUUUGUUAUUUAUUAAUCAUUGUGAGUUUUAUUUGACCUUUAGACCGGCCAGCUGUUAAGAGUUGAAGGAAAUGAUAUAACUCAGAGCAUCCCUGCUGAGAACUGUACAAAAACACAACUUUAUACAAGUAUAAAAACACCCACAGCUUGUUAAAAGGCCUCGCUCUUAUGGAAAUCCAACUCUGUGGUAUGUGGUCAGUUAUUGGUUCACUUCCCUCUCUUCCUCACUCUCCUCACCAGUUGUUAACUGUUCCCCUCAGCGCCCCCAGAGGCCUGGAGCUCUUCUGUGGUCAUGUAUUGAUUUGCUGCAUCGCCCGAAGUCGACUCCUGCCAGUUUGCACCAUAAUAACAGUCAGUCACUCAACUCAUCUAGUUUUAUUCUAGUAGGCCCAGAAUGAUGGUCAUUUGUUGUGUCUGCAGCCAAUCCAAGACUGUAGAUGCUAGUGGUACAAAUGACGAGUAGCAUCUCAUCGUCCUGUGGGUCUGUCAAAAUGGAGAUAAAGUUGCAUGUAGGCUGUGUCUGACUGACGCAGUACAUAAACAACUCAGACAGACAUUUACACAGACAUGUAAGCUGCAGGGACGACCUACAGGGGGCAGUGCUGGCUCUGCAAAUGAUCACUCAUUACUCUCGUAAAACUAAUUUGACAUUAACCGGCUGACUUCUGCGUUUUCAGUCAGUAAGUUCACAUGCUCUAAAAAACUCGAUUUACUGCAAUAGUCCAACUGAAACUGGACUUUUAGAAUGCAUGGAAACACGUUAGUUUCACUGAAAUCUAACUUUUCAUAGUUGGACUAACAUACGUGGAUAAUGCAGCUGGAGAUUGACUUUCUUUUGCAUGUAUACUGCUCAAUUGAGCUAAAACUGUCCUGAGCCUUCUGCGCAUUCCCCAGUUUUUGCACGCUAUUUUUGAGCCAGUGGUUGAAAAGCAUAGAUGCAUUGCUAGAAAGCAAGGUUGCAAACAAAUUCUGGAUUCAGGACUUUAAGCACUGGUUGUUAAUUAUUAGCCUUGUAUUAACAGUGUUUAGGGUCAGUAGUUGGCUCUGAUUUACCCAACUGGAAUAUUAAGAAAACACAAUUUGAUGGUUUGAAUCAUUUCAUUGAAGACCUCAAAGAAUAUAAGGUUAUUUUUUAGUUGUAGACAAAUAGUUCUUGGAAAUAAUCAGCAUAUGAACUGAGCUAUCUAACAUGCAGACAAGCCGUUUCAGAUUAAACUGCAUCUUUUUGCAUAAAUGUUUGCAUGUCAAAGCAACAGUUAACCAAGGUGUUGAGCAUCUAUGAGUCUUUACAGGGAAGCAACAGGUGUAUCAGCACUGUAGUGAGAGGAUGUCCAUCUAUACUCAGCCGGAGGACGUGACAUUUUCAGUGUCCACUGCAGAAUCUCUGUAGCCAGGAUUGACCAGGCACCUGUCAGCUUCCCUUUAUCCCCGCUGUGCCAGACCCCACCCUUCAUCUGCCUGAUCGAUGGCCCUGGAUUGUCGUCACCAGGCAACCAAGGAUGACACCAAAGCUUUCACAGCGUGUGCCACCCGACAAUCAAUCCCCUGCUUCACAGCUAUAGAAACAAUGUAAGAGACCAGACUGUGGGGGAAGUACUUGUAGAAGACAGAGAGGGAGAGCUUGUUAAGAAGAGACGGUCUCUGAAAGCAGACGGAGCAUUCCACCUAAAAAGUUCCUGUUAGCAGAUGAUUAUGACUGAUGAGUGGAGCUGGUAUCAUCAACAUGACCAGCACAGUCUGUUCUGCAAAGGCGGACAGUUAAAAACUCUGAAAACCACUGAAACCCCUCCUACUACCUGACUUUUCUGUCACAUGAUGGCUUCUGAUACAGUAUCUACUUUGACCCACAGGGAGAACUUUUAAAGUCCUCUUUCUGCACUUGGGGACAGGUUGUUCUGUACUGAACAGUAAAAAUGCUGAAGUGAAACUGAUGCCCAUUUUGUCAGAGGGAAAUCUUAGGUCUGGAUGACUCCCGUCAAUGAUAAUGACUCCUGUUGUGCUGCAACGCCACACUCCAAGGCCACUUUAACUCCUGUGAUAUUCAUGAGAUGUGAGCAGCAGUGUUUGUUUGGAUAGAGUCCACAAGGAGAAGUGGUUUUGGAAAUGCUGCUGCUUUUGUCAGUGGACUUUUUUCACCUGAAUCUAAAAAGAUCUAAUAUUAAACCAGUUCAUGGAACAAAUUUGAAAAUGUUUAUAGGGAACACAAUUAAACAUGAUUCAAUUUGCAAUCAGUGACAUUUCUGUAAGACUAAUAGAUUCUGAUAACUCUUGUGAAAGGCUUCAUUGUUGCAUAAAAGGAGAGAUGCAGAGUAAUGAAAUGUAAGAAAAUAUAAAUGAAUCAUUUUCAUGGUUCAUGCAACAGUAUGCAGAUUUACUGAUUCAUGUCAUAUGCAAUCAUUAAUAUUUAAUUGAGGCAUCGCUUUUAAUUUUGGUGUUUGUUCACACACAAAAUUACUAAAAUGGAUCACAGAAGCUUGAACGCAAAAAACAAUUUGAGGUCUAAAUUAUUUUUAAAGUCAGACUUUUUUUUUCUCAGAGCACUGAGUUGAAUGUUUUCUGAGUUUAAAGCCAGUAUAGAUUUGUUAGUUUAAAGGUUCUGAUUGAAGAUUUUGUCAUCAGGUCCAUGAAAUUAACCAUUGAGAGCACAGAGUGUGGGAGAGAACAAGUGUGAACUAACUAAAUAGUGAGGUGAAGCAGAACCAUGAAGGUUGUGCUGUGAGGAGGACAUACAAGACAACAUAACUGCAUUUACGCUGUGAUAAGCCUUUAUUCAACACUGCUGUUAAGUAGCAGAUGCACUACAGUAAUGAGUAACCAGGUGAGUAACCACAAUUAGCAUUCCCAGGUGAGGUCUAGCCCUGUCUUAUCCUUUCAGCAUCUACUUGUUGUGAUGAGUGGUCUUAUUUGUCAAGUCACAGCAUGAUUUUAUCAUUUUGUAAUCACUAAAUCUGACUCAGUGGCAGACUGAAAGGUCAUGUUGACUGAAGUUGGCACAAGUCUCAGAAUUUGUAGGAAGAAACACAAUUCUGAGGAAUCCUUGAUUCUCGCUUACUUUGACAUUCCACACAGGCUACAACAAUUAACUUUUGACACCUUAGGACUGUCAGAUCAGGCAUAAUUGUGUUUAAAUCAUGUAGUCUGUCCUUGGCAUCAGCAUUUUCACCUCAGUAUUUUACUAAAUAUUACUGAAGAGGUAUUUCCCCAGUACAAAAAUUAAGGGCAGUAUAAGUUUUCCAUAAAAUGUAAGACUGAGUUUCCUAAACAAAUGUUCCUUUUUAAAACUGGAAAUCUGAAUUUGGAGUUAUAAGGGUCUGAUCUCUUCUCUUUAAUUAAAAAAAUGAAUUAUUAUUAAUAAACCCUGUAGAUAUUGUCUGAAACUGUUGAAUCAAUCACAAACUUGUGUUACACAGACUUUUUAGUGUGUCUAAUCCAGAGUUUCUUUGAGGUUUCAGAUCUCCAGCUUUGCUCUGUGCAGAUUGCUCAGACUUGGUUCCUGUGGUGACCUUAGCGGCUGCCACAGAAACUUUCAUGUCUAUCUUUAGCUACAGCUGAAGCUACCAUUUGGGCCUCUUGUUGCUCUUUAUCUCUCCAUUUUUUGACCACAUGCCUUCAACUUUCGUUAAUAGGUUUAUAGAUCACUUUUUCACUCUUUCAAUAGUGGAUGAAAAACAAGUGUGAGUAAUUUGUUACUGUACUUUAAAGGAGUUUUAGGUAUUUGUACUUUCCUCAGGUCUGUUUUCUCUCUGUCCUCUUUUUGUUUCAUGCAAAUACUUGUACUUCCUGCUUCUCACACUUAAGAGAAGUCUAUUUUGGGGUGGGGUGGGGUGGGGUGGGUUGUCCUUUUUGCAUCUUCGUUGGCAUUCUCCAAGCAUCAGGACAGUUUUAAAGAUAAAAACGGGUGAGACUCAAUGUUCAGUAUACUUCAUGAGUUACCUAAUAAUUUUUGAACAUUUUAUAUAUUCCAGACUUUUAACACGUUAACUAAACAUUUAGAGCAUUUUUCUAUUUUGACUUUGAUUGUUAUGGUCUCCACUUCAACCCUCAUUUCAAAGGACCUCUCAAAAUAUCAGAACUUUAUUUUUAAAGCUCCUGUGAGUAACUCUCUGCAAAUAUCACUUUUGGCGCACUCUAUCAGGAAAGACAGUUUGUCUCGCCUCUUGACCCAAAGUCACUUCCUUGCUUCCUCCAAUGCACCUGAAAGGGUUUUGGUGGUUUAUUGCUGGGCUCGACCUCAAAUUCCAAAGUUCUUGAGCAGUCUGAUUGUUGACUGACCUACAAAGCUUCUACAGCCAACUUCCACCAGGCAAACCUUGGCUUUCCAUCUAUGUUGCUCAGCAUCAGCUGCUAGCUCUGUGUACUUAAAGGGAUAUUCUGGCAUACUCGUAGCUACAAAUAAUGCUCAAAACAGCACCUAACUUCAUUAACAGUACAUAUAGGGUCCCAGCCAUGGUACUAGCCACCAAACAUCUUUUUAGCUUUGCCUUGUUUCUUUAGCAAAGAGACCAAACAACUCACCCACUCCACACACUCCUACAGCAGCCGCUUGUUUGUGGGGGAGCCCUGACGAGUCGAUCACCGUUAGUAUAACUAGAGAAGCAACAUUCAUCUCCCGAGGGGGUAUCUAACUCGGUUACGGUGUGUUGACCCUAACUUAAAUUUACAUAGUAUUGUGGUCAACAUUAAAUGAACAUAAGGAUUUACACAAGUUUGUGUUUUGCACAUAAUUCCAAAAAUAAAUUUUUUGUUUCCUCAUUAUUCUACUCUUCAAUGUAUGUAAUCUUGAACCAGAACUAUUUCUGACGGCCUUGUAUGACUUGUAUGGCUCCUUUUCUGCUUGAGUAGACCAGAAACUGCAUGUACUCAACCACUUCUGCUUUUUCCUCCUCAUUAUUGCACCAACUUUCUCUUUCUCUUUGGUUAAUGUUUGAGGUUUUAGGUUUUUAUUCGCUCUCAUUUUUAUCUCCCUCUUUCCCCUCCAUCCCUGCAGAAACGAAUGUGUGUACGCGUGUGGCUGAGACAGCUCCUGAAGCCUAUAAUUGAGUGUGUCCACCCACCGCGCUGCAGCAGAGACAGCAUUGUGGAAGGCUUCAUUGUGUCAGGGACAAUAGAUACGUACACAUACUCAUCAUCACACCCCGUCUCACUCUCUGAAAAAACAACCACAACAUUCAAGAGCCAUUAGCGGAUUGUGCUGUUGUGGAUUCUGCAGCUCAACUUUGUUCCUCGAGCAUCACCUCAGCGUUACCGUCACGCUUAUCUGGAGCAAACCAAAAUAUCCACUGGCUCCUUUUAUCUCCUAUUUUUGCACCAGAUCGAGACACAGCCUGUGCAGAAGAUAGGAUUAGUGUAUUUUGCCUCCUUAAGACACAAUAAACACAUUUGGGAUUAAAGCACAAAAAUAGAUCCCUUCAGGCUACUCCUGCACCACACUUCAUGGAGGAAAAGAUGCAUUUUGUGCCUCUGCAUUGUGCAUAGAGGUGUGUAUAUGUUGUGAAAUUGUGGUUGGGCUGUGAGCUGUGGUUGUCAUGGUUCCCUUCUUACUCACUCACCUAGAAAACAGCAGUUUACAUUUAUUUCCGGUCUUAUUUCUGCAACAAAUAUGCAAUAAAACAAAAAACAACCAUGCAUGGGCACAGUUUGCUCACAGUCUCUGACAUGUUUGGUUUUUGCAGCGUGUCAAGAAGAGAUUAAAACAAUGGUUUCCUGUUAAUUGUGCGGUGGCUUUUUAUCAGGCUUUCUUGCAAGCCACAAUGAGGUCAAAAGCCCAUCUGUAAAAAUGCUGUCAAGUAGUCAUCCCUUUGCUGUGCUAGAUUUACAGUAAAAGAGGGCGUUUGGAAAAUAAAUGAGACUUCACAUGUUGAAGUUUGAAGAAGUCUUAAAAAGCUGUUUGAAUUUAUUACACCCUUAACUUGAGUAAAAAUAGAGUACCACAGAAAUGAUACAAAACAAAACACAUUAAAUCAAGAAGACUGAUCGGAAGUUUGAAAUCGUUUGUUUUUCAUUUUAUUUUUGUCUCCUGCUUUGCAGUCCAGCCCAUGAGGAAAUACAGAUUGUAUUCACAAGAAGCCAAGGUUUUUUGGCUGAAAUUAAAACUCUUGUUGUGCAAGGACAAGAAAACACUAAAAACAGAAGAAAAGAAAAAAAGAAAAGAAAAAAACAAUUACUUGAUACAGUUCAUGUCAGGCUCUCAGAGUCUCACAGGUAAACACAGUGUGGAUUACAUUAGCAGAGCUGGCACCUCCAGCCUUUGGUCCGCCUUGCAGGUUAACGUCAACAUGCCUGUGCUGGUCACGCCAAGUGGUUGUAAACUAGUUUAUUGGGCCAAGCUGCCCCAGAAUAUGAGUGUGCUCUUAGUAGAUCAUUUUAGCAUUAAAACAGUGCAGCUGUUUGCUGGAGCUACAGCCCUGAUUAGCGGUGGGUGGCUUAGACAAAACAUAUGACUGGGAAACAGCCCCAGUUUGUUGUUACGAAGAACUGAGAUUAACAGGAUGAAACUUAACUUACUUUGUCAGACAGAUGUUUUACAAAGGAUGUUAUUUUUGAUCAACAAGGUCUUUUAAAAAAAUGUUGGUUGCAUCUGUUGCACAUAUUAAAGCAAACUGCAAAAUAAAUAUAAUUGUACUGAUAAGUUACUGUGAUAAUGUAGUAUCAGGACUUAUAAUACACUGAACAAAAAUAUAAACACAACACUUUUGUUUUUUCUCCCAUUUUUCACAAGCUGAACUCAAAGAUCAAAGACUUUUCCUGCGAACACAAAAGAGUUAUUUCUCUCAAUUAUUGUUGGCAAAUUUGUCUAAAUCUGUGUUGGUGAACACUUCUCCAUCCACUUCACAGGUGUGGCAUAUCAAGAUGCUGAUUAGACAGCAUGAUUACUGCACAGGUGUGGCCACAAUAAAUGGCCACUCUAACAUGUGGAGUUUUAUCACACAGCACAAUGUCACAAGUUUUGAGGGAGCAUGCGAUUGGCAUGCUGACAGCAGGAAUGUCCACCAGAGCUGUUGUCUGUAAGUUGAAUGUUCAUUUCUCCACCAUAAGCUGUCUCCAAAGGCGUUUUAGAGAAUUUGGCAGUACAUCCAACCGGCCUCAAAAUCGCAGACCACACGUAAAGACACCAGCCCAGGACCUCCACAUCCAGUAUCUUCACCUCCAAGAUCAUCUGAGACCAACCACUCGGACAGCUGCUGCAACAAUUGGUUUGCAUAAUCAAACAAUUUCUGCACAAACUGUCAGAAACCGUCUCAGGGAAGUUCAUCUUAACCUGACUGCAGUUAUUCGUCAUAACCGACUUAAGUGGGCAGAUGAUUACAUCCGAUGGGGUCUGGCACUGGAGAGGUGUUCUCUUCAUGGAUGUAUCUCGGUUUUCACUGCACAGGGUAGAUGGCAGAUAGUGUAUUUGGCGUCGGUUAUGGACCAGUUCUUGCAUGGCCAGCAUACUCACAGGACAUGUCACCCAUUUAGCAUGUUUGGGAUUCUCUGGAUUGGUGUAUUCAACAGUGUGCUCCAGUUCCUGCCAACAUCCAGCAACUUCACACAGCCAUUGAAGAGGAGUGGACCAACACUCCACAGGCCACCAUCAACAACCUGAUCAACUCUGUGCCCUGCAUGAGGCAAAUGGUGGUCACACUAGAUACUGACUGGUUUUCUUCCCCCCCAGACACCCUGAAUAUAGUAAAACUGAACCUUUUAGAGUGUCCUUUUAUUGUGGCCAUUCUAAGGCACACCUGCACAAUAAUCAUGCUGUAUAAUCAGCAUCUUGAUAAGCCACAUCUGUAAGGUGGAUGGAUUAUCUCAGCAAAGUAGAAGUGUUCACUAACACAGAUUUAGACAUAUUUGUCAACAAUAUUUGAGAGAAAACAGUCUUUUGUGUAAAAAGAAACAGUCUUAGAUCUAAGUUCAGCUCAUGAAAAAUGGGAGCAAAAACAAGUGUGUUUAUAUUUUUGUUCAGUGUAGCUUCUCAUGUAGGAUACAGACACUGCCAUUUAGAGCAGCUGAAAUAAAUGCUGCUCCUUCCAGGUAUAGAGCAAGUCUGAGUACAGACUUUGCAUACUGACAUCUUGGGCUUUAUUUUCGUGCUUCGCCGGAGACGUUGCGCAUGCGCAGCGCAAGUAUCCCCCCUCCCUAACUCAGCUCCUCCCAGCGGCGUGGAGAGGGUCUGGAGUGGGUUUGACCCAGCCGAGACUUGUAUUGACUAAUAAAUCAGCUCCUCUCCUCGCCUUUAAAUCCGCCACCGGCGAGGCGUAUUACUAUUUUCGUGAAGUAGUCAAAGAGAUCAAGAGAUGUCUGAAGACAGUAAUGUCACACGAUGGCGACAGAAGGCAGCUCCUCAACAAGUGUCACUGUAAACACUGCAGAGGGCGUCCUUCACACUCUCUCAUAUGAGCACAGAUGGAUUUGGUGUGUGUAAAUUUGGAUCCACUAGUAAGUCAAACACCCUUUUCCACAAAUAAAGACACUCACAUAUAGUUGCAUGUAAAUCAAACCUCACGUGACAAAAGGUGGGUUGAACGCACAGAUCACAACAUAAACUCAAAAAAUGGCAUUAAAAUCGGAACCAUCUGUGUGUAAAGGACGCAUCAUGCUCUGUGGCCUUGCUCUUUCUUUCAUAGAUGUUGGAAUAUAAAAUAAAUUUGGCUCACAAAACUGAAUAUUAUAAUUUUCGUAUGUAGGCUUAAAGUAAAUAACUCAUCUGAUCACUGAAACAAAUCAUCUGUUCACUUUACACGCACUUUUCACUUUACACGCCACUGGCGAGCACGAAAAUGUCACUGUGGCAGCUGAUUCUGUCGACAACCUCCCUCUGCCACGCCACCACACCCAGCUUGGCAGACCUUGGUGCGCCUCAGUCCAUGAAAAUACCAAACUGUCUGUACGCCGGGCUCCUCCAGAUGAAAAUACCACUGCGCAGGGUCCGCCACCCUCUGCUGCCUCACCGACGGACACGAAAAUAGAGCCUGUUGAGUUUGUUAGGUCAGACUGGACCAUCAUUAUAUUGACGGGCAGGUAUCCCAGUUAAAUCAGCCUUCCUUCGAUGUAUGGGUAAACAGUUGCUGAUUAUCUCACUGCAGUGUGGGGCUGAAUCUGAAACUCCUGACCGCACAUCCUUUCCAAACUGCAGCCAAGACCACCAAGAGUCUCAUACUCUCUCUCCUGUCUUUGCUUCCUGAUAAUUCAGCUUUGAUCUUUUCUCUUCAUCUGCAUUCAGUCAGAGGCACAGGAGUCAAAUCAGAGGGAGUAACGAGGGAAAUAACAGAGGAAAGGAAGGAAGGAUGGAGUCCAUAUUAUCAGAGCAGUCGGCCACAGUGGACGAGCUGGUGGAGGCGUGCAUCCAAGCCUUCGGUUUGUUUCUUAAAUGCUGUUUACGCUCACAUUUUCUCUUCUAUUUAUUCUAUUUUAUUGCUAUAAAACUGAUUUGGAAAUUGGAGAGUGAAAUGUUGGUAUGAAGCAAUGAAUCUCUGACUAUGAAGAUCAAAGAAGAGUAAUUAGUGUCAGGUGAGACUCACUGAAAGCUUGUUAUUAUGACUGACAUGCUGUUCUAUGUUCCUAGAUGAAAAGGGCACUUUGAAGGAUAGGAACUUGGUCCGCAUGUUUCUAAUGAUGCAGCCUUGGUACCUUCCUUCAACUGACAUGGCAAAGCAGCUGGUGCUCAAGUAUCCUUCACUUCUGUGUUAUUCCCUACCUUACCUUUUUUUAUUGUAUUGAACUUCCCUUCAGGGAUAAAAUAACGUUAUUCUUAUUGUUAUUCUUACAGAUGUACUCUGUAGUCUUUUCUGCUUUUUAAUGACUCUCUCUGCAAAUGCUCAUGUCACUGCAGUGCAAUUAGUCAAAAAGUUAAUGUUGGGUAAGGGAAGCUGUUUGUUAUCUUAUCUACUGUGCUAAGUUUUUAUUUUGAGUUUAGCAGAAAGUUGCAGCAAAGCUAUGCCUUGACUUGUGGAUCAGAUCUCAGGAUGAGAGCUGCUCUGCAGGGCGACGAACGAGGAUUUGCCACCUUGUCAAGUAAUGAACUGUCAUUUAUUUUUUAUAUGACUGUUACUGCUUUUUCUUUCUUAAACAAUGAGAUAUUUAGUUUUAAAAGCAUGAGGAAAGUUUAUGUGAAAAAAAAUGUGAAAGAAAAGUUGUAAUAAAAAAACUUGUAAAUAUUGCAGGAUUACCAGAAAUGACUGAACCUUUUUCAAGCACUUUUUAGCUGCAUGUCUCAGUGCACUUUUAGCUAGUGCUUGGCCAGCUGCUUCUGUUGAUGUACACCAAAGAGUGUACGAGAAAUGCUGUUUUUUUUUUUUACAAUUGUGUUUCUGUGUUCGAUGUUUUUAUAGUUUUUACUGUUUUUAUUUCUUUUACUUUAGAUUUAGAUUAGAUUAGAUUUUAAAAAUAGCCAUUAAAUGUAGGUUUAGCAACUCUGAUAGCUGAUAUUUUGCUAGCUAUUUUCAACGCAAAGGGCUAGCUUUGACCCUUUUCUUUAUCAAUUGAGUUGUGUUUUUGCAUUUUAUCUUCUUGCAUAAGCACUCUGAACCUACCAUACUUUAUCGUGCCAGUGGAAGUAAAUGUAUCAGUCUUCAUCAUUUUUCCUCAUCGUCCUCUCUGUUUUCACCCCUUUGUUCUGCCCUCCAGGUACUGGAUCUCUGAGUUUCCAGCAGAGUUCAAUCUGAACCCGGAGCUGGCUGACCAGAUCAAAGACUUUAAAGACCUCCUGACCACAGAGGGCAACGAGAGCCAGAGUCAGCUCAUUGACCUGGACAGUGUGUGAGUGCGCUGACUGCUAAAAGCUCUGUAUGUUGUUGACAGUGUGAAUGAGUGUCCCUGUGUGGGUGUGGAGGUCAGCAUGUACCCUUUUUAUUGCCUGUUCUCAGACAUUGCUGAGUUGUGCUAUUCAGGGGUCAUUGACUUCUCCUUUUCCCAUAAAAAACAUUUUUGUGUGAUCCUCAACUUCCUCUUUAGUGCUGUCGAAGAAGAACGCAUGGUGGGGAAAACUUUUGACUUUCUGCAACUGAAUGUUUGCAGAAACCUGCUACCUUAAAAACAUCUGAAUUCAAACAAGUGUUGAAGUUUGUAGAGCUGUAAUAAGUUCUGGUUAUUACAGCUAUUUGAAUAUAUCACUUCAGCUUCUGAGGUAGAAGUGAUAUGUACAACCAAUCAAUCAAUUGUAUAGCACUUUUCAUAUAAAACCAUGUAGCACAAAGUGCUUUACUCAGCAGAAGAAUAAAAGAAACAAACCAUUUCUUAAUCUAACAAUCUAAGCACAACAGAACCAUGUAUUAAAAUGCAUUAACUUGAAAAAAGCUCAAUUUCAUAGAAACAUUAAUGUGCGCACUGAGGAAACGCCAUCUUAAAAUUUAAGACAACGAACACUGGAGGUUAGGUUAAAAUCUAAAAACAAAGUAACAUAAAAUUAAAUUUAAGAAAUUAUAAAUAAAAAUAAAUAAAUAUAAAUAAAAUAAAAAAAGUUAAAGAUACUUAAAUAAGAGCCUGGAGUACUACCUGGAGUACCUAAAUAGCCUAAUAAAAGAUGAUUAAAACUAAAAAGAGAUAAAUGCUAAAACACUUAAAGUUAAUGAUAUAAAAUUUAGUUAAAAGACCAAACAGGUAUGUUUUUAAAAAUGGGUGCCGUCUCAGAUCUUCAGGUAAGCUGUUCCAUAGACGGGGGCCAUAGUAAUAAAAAGAUGCUUCACCGUAUGUCUUGGUUUUAGCUUUAUGUCAUGUUAACAGAGAACUGCAUGAGGACCUGAGGGCUCUGCCUGGCACAUAAGGUAAAAGCUAGGAAUGCACCGAUCCGAUAUUUGGAUAGGAUAUCUGCUAUGACGCCAAUCCAGCGUUCUGAUCCAGCGUUCUGAUCCAGUCUUUUUUUUUCCAUUUAAUUAUUAUCAUACACAGCAACACAGAGAUUCUGUUUGCUCUAUAUUCUAUGUUUGUCUAUCCUUUUGCACUAAAUGCUUACAUGGAAGCCUUACUUCUUUUUGUUGUGUGCUAAUGUGCAAUUUGUUAUUUGUUAAUAAAUAAUAUUAAGUAAAUUUAUAUCUUUGUUAAUUUGUUACUUUUUUUUUUUAACAAGAGUUAUGUCAAGCCUGAUUCCUUCACUCACAGGGCAAGGUAUACAGUUUGUUCAUUCAACAGUAAUAUUGGAUUGAUUAAUUGAUUGACUGAUUGAUGGGUGCAUCUCUAGUAAAAGCAGAUCAGAUAAACAAGAUGGGCCGAAGCCAUUAAGAGCUUUAAAGACCAAUAAAACAACAUUUAAAUCUAUUCUAACAGAGACGGGUAGCCAUUGCAGAGACAUGCACGUUAUAAAGUGAACAAUGGCAGUAAGUGGGUCUGCAUUACUCUUAAUGUGUUUACCAAAGAAAAACACAUUCCCUGUCAUUUGAAGAGCUUUAUUGUCCCUCACAGGCCGUCGUAUAAAUGGAAGCGUCAGGUAACUCAGCGUGUCCCCUCAGUGUCCAAAAAGAGGAAAAUGUCCCUGCUGUUUGACCACCUGGAUUCCUGUGAGCUGGCUGAACACCUGACCUACCUGGAGUACAAAUCCUUCUGCAAGAUCCUGGUGAGUCUGCACACAGUCUCAGCGUAACCGUUGUGGAAAUAAUGUGUUUGCAGCUGUUGAAGUCUUUUGAUUGUCAGUUAAUUAACAUAAUUAACACGCUGCUGGCACUUAUUAGUUGCUUAGCAAUAGUGCUUAAAAUCAGCUUUUACUGGCAGUCAUUAAAUUUGUUGUCUUAAAGCAAUUUUCUCUGUCAAAGGUUUGAUUGGGAAACAACACUAACUGGGUUUGUGUAGAUUUAAAAUGCAUUUUCUUAAUUACCUUGAGCUAGAGUGGUGGUGUUGGUGGCUGAAUGAGGGAGGGUUUAUGUAGAAAGCCACUGGUCCAAACACACACAGAGUGAGGAUCCUGUUGAAUUUACACUCCCCAGGGCGGUGUUGUGCAUGAACGCGCUAAAAUAAAUGCGUUCAUUGAACACACUAAUAUUUUGGUGAACGGUAAACUGAGCAGCUCAUAAACUGGAAAGUGAGCAAAGGUCACUCUGGAGACAGUGAGUGUCUGCUCACACUCACACUCAGGGGGAGCCUGUGAGGUCUGCUGAGAGUCACUGUGGCUAAAGGAGGACUUACGACUCAUGCUGCUUCUCACGUCUAGCCUUUAGCACAUGUUCAUGUUGCUAUUGAAAUCAGCUCUUUUGACUGUUUGAGUUUUAUGAAUUGGGUUGUAUCUCGGCAAAAGCCCUGUAGGGUUUGAGAGGGGUGGAUUUCGUAUUAAAAAAUAGUGGGUCUGAAUGCUUUGUUUAUUUAAGAGGAUGUGAUAUAAAGAUUAAUUGGUCAUCUGAUUAGUCAGUCUGAUUACAUGUAGUUGGAAGAUGAAGUUGGAAAAUUUCUCCAGACAAAUGCCAUCACAGUAAUCAUUUUCUUUUUUAAACUAUAUACAUGAACAAUGAAAUAUAACAUCAGGAAAAAGUUGAGUUUUUAAGUCACACUGAUCUCACAGCCAUCUUUUCAGCUCCAGCUGCUUAUUUACCAUAGAGACUUAAAACUGGCAUAGAUAUUUUCAUCAACCUCUCAGCAAGAGAGUGAAAAAGUGCAUUUCCUAAAAAGUCCAGCUGUGCCCUGAGGGGGACCGCUCAAAGUCUUGAAUGUGGCUCAAAGGCCAACAAGACACUGAAGACACUGUUUCCUAAGGAAACUAGAUGGCGUCUUUCGUCAGACAUUUCCUGCCUGGUAAAUGUUUUACAAACUCUGCAUACCAAGUUUGAUAGGACUCAUAAAAGUUCAAUUCACAGUUUAGUGGUAACCUCACUCAACUUGUAAAAUACUUAACUCUGAGCGGAGAAAAUGAGCUGUUUUUUUAUUUUUGAGGAGGUGGAUGUGAUUUACAUUUACAGGAAUGAUCUAUGCUAUAAUGUGAACUCCGCGAAAGGACAACUUAAGCUGAAAUCCAAAGAAAAAUAGUUUAAAAAUAUUGAGUCUCAACCAAAACUAAGGACAAUGGUGUGUAAAAAAAAACAGGUUUUUAACCGAAUACAUGAGACAUGGUGUGCCAAUGUUCCCGUCUCUCUUCAGUUUCAGGACUACCACAGCUUUGUGAUGCACGGCUGCACGGUGGAUAACCCCAUCUUGGAGCGCUUCAUCACCCUCUUCAACAGUGUGUCCCAGUGGAUCCAGCUCAUGGUGCUCAGCAAGCCCACCGCCCCGCAGAGAGCUGCUGUCAUCUCCCACUUCAUCAGGGUGGCACAGGUCUGUCUGCUGAGCCGUUCACUGCACAACUCUAAAUACUGAGUGGAGUUUGGUGGGAGCUGUGGGGCUCAGGCUAAUGUAGGAGCAAAAGGAGAAACAGACCAAGGGGGAAAAUCUUCUCAUUGUUAGCUUUUAGUACUUUGGGGCUGUAAUUUGAAGGCUUUCAUGGCCACGGGCGUCGUAAAGUUGUCCUAAAUUCACAUCAGCACGUAAAACUUCUAUUCAUUUCAAAGAAGUAUAAUCACCUUAGUCAGCGAUCCAAGACUUCUACAACUGGAGAAUAAAAUGUAAUCACUCCCGUAGGAGAAUAAGCUAUUUACUGCAGCGCAAAGAACAUAAAAGUAUCAUCAAAUCAUUAAACAGUCUGUGAGUGAAGAAGUGAGUGAGUCAGUCCUCAAUAGAAGAAUCAAUGGAGGGAGUGAAAAUGACUUAGACUCUCUAAAUAAUCCAUAUUUUCUGACGCAACAGUUGUGCUAUUGACCCCAGAGGAGCAAUACUGAGAUUAGUUUUGCCACAAACAUAAACAACACUCAAUAAUAAAAUAAGAUUUAAAAAAAAAAAAAAAAACAUCUCUUCUUUCUCUUUAAAAUUCUUCAAACUGGGUGACUUAUCUCUUUUCAAAAACUGGCAUGUUAAAGACAAGUUAGAUAUUUCAUUGCAUCCAGUAGCUGCAACUGCAUAUUUUUUGGGGUGCAAUAGAAAAAGUUUUGUCUUCUAAGAGUGAAAUUUAAGAUUCUACAAAUGAACAUCAAGACAAACUAAAAACAGUAACCGUUUCAAAAAGUUACAGAGAAAAUCAGAUUCAUCCUCUGGGAAACACUCAUGUGUAUGUCUGUAGAGAUAUUUUAAUUUGGACUGAAGGGAUUUAGCCAUCUCACUUGCUGUUUUCUCUGCUAGGUCAGAUCUCACACCUCUGGGAUGCAAUCAUUUCUCUUUUUCCAUUUCUUUUUGUUGGUAAACUGGAGCAAAGAAUACUUGACACUAUGUUUAAUAGAAAUUUUUUUACUUGUAAACAGAAAAGUAUGUAUCAGUAUUAAAACAGAUAGUUAGCAUCACACAUGUUGCUCAUGAUUUAAGCAGUAAACGGUAUUAAUCAGUUUAAAAAAUAGGAACACAAUGAAACAUUCUCAUACAGUCUUAAAAGCUGUUAUAAAGCAUUUGAUCAGGCUGAGCACUUUAGUUUAUAAAUGGUUCAUCUAUCUGUGAAUUUGUUCAUCUGUAUUCAGAGACUGUAAUCAUCUGCGGUCAUCUACAGGUCAAGAUGCCUCUAAUCCCAAUUGUAAUUUCAUCUGGACUCUCCCCACAAAUUCCCGAUCUUAGCUGCCAGCUCUCUGCCAUAGAAGGUUAAGCCUGGACACUUACAUCAUCAUUUCAGAGCAGAAAGAUACCUUAAAAUGGCAUCCUGGGCUUCCCUGUAGUAAAUGUCAUUUCAGUGUGAUGUUAUCAUUUGCUUUUGUUGGACGUAGCAGCUGCAGUCUGCCUCUAUUCCCCCUUUCAGGAACUGUCAGGAAAACUACACACAGAACUCUCUUGCUGCCUUUAGCAGAGUUGUAUGAUCGUCUAACACUUGCAAGUCUGCCCCCUGGUUAUUUCUAUUUCAGACUUCCCAUCUUUCCAUUUCUGUAUCCACAGAGUAAACUUCUGUCCCUCAUCUUGUAUUGAGAGAGGUUCUACCUCUUUUCUUUGUCUUAAUCCACCAGAGCUCAUACACCCCAGCAGGGCUCAUGUCAGGGGAGCCCAGCAGAGUGUUUCAUCGAAUGCUUGAGCUUUUUCCAGUGUUAUUUGCAGAGUUUACAGAGAAGCACUGAAGACAGAUGCUGACACUGAUCAGCUGUGAUGUCUUAGAUGAUGGCUGUGACAGACAGGCAUCGCCGUGGCCUCCUCCUCCAUCCAAAUAUCACGACUGUCACUGUGUGGAAUCUUCUUUGGAUUAUUUAUUGAUUGGAGAGACUGUUGGAUGGUCCAAGUCACAUUCAGAAGACUAAUGCAAUUUUGACCUUAACUCUUUGGCAUUCAAACUGAAAGGAAAUUGAGUUAUGCAGGCCUGAUAUGUACCACAUUCCUAGACAUAAGUGCUUUAAUCGUGAGCUAUAUAGCCUUCUAUGUCUAACAGAGGCAUCACCUUUUGGAUAAGAGCCUUAGAAAUCAUUUUAAAAAUACAAAAUCAAAAAAAGUGGGGGUAGCUUUCCACUCUCAUCAGACAAAUACAUAAAUCAGUCAUUAAAAAACAAUGUCAAUACUGGUUGAUGGGGGAUUUAUUGAUUAAUUCUCUGUAUGUUUAAAUCCUAGUCUAUAGAGUAAGAUAUACACCUUUAAGCCACUGGCAGUGAUAAAUGGGCACUUACACCUUGGUGCAUGUUUGGGUGUGUUUUACUCAUGAGGUGAGGCUACAACUGUUUGCCACUAGUUGGUGCUCUCUCCAGAAACCACCUGUAAAUGCAUGCAAGCAUAAAAUUGUGUAGCACAAGUUUUAACUAGUAGUUUGAGACUCUGACUUUGACGAAAUUUACAUUGUGGAAAUGUUCAAGAAACAGUUAAGAUUAUAAGCUAAAUGAGGACAAUUUAUGAGAGUUUUACCACUUGUUUCCAAAAAGGGGCAUUCUGAUUGCAACUUCAACUACUCUUGGUCGGUAGGUCAAUUAUGAAACAGAUUGGAAUUUGUAUGUAAAAGUUAGUACUCAUUAUUCCGGCAUGGUGGCAUUGAGGCCGAAAAUCAGCAUAGAUGUAUUUAAGGGUAGAUCACGAAAUUUGAAAGAGAUCAAACAUUCUGAAAGGGAGUAACCCGUUUUGGUGACAGGACAUAAAAGUUUUUCAAACCACUGGGGAAACUGGUGGCCCAGUGAAUCUUAAGAGGCAAGUAAUUCAUGUCAAAAUGUCAGACCUCAUUUGGUUUUAGGGUAUUGGUGCUGAAGAAUUGUUGCGUAAUUCUUAUUAUGGCACAUAUACAUAAUGUGCACCCAAUUUCAUACACAUUGGUAACCUUUUUGGGAAGUCUUUUUGAAACUUGCAGGGGACAUAAUGGAGCCAUUUUUGAUAAAUCGAGCCCAAGACCCUAAAGCAGUAAAAUGUCACCAUGAGUUUAGCUUGGUGAGUUUUGGGGUAUGUAAGAAGCUGCAAAAUCCUUGGGGUUCCAGGAUUUCCAAAGGGCCCUCUUGCUCUUGUGUGUCUUGGCCGAUCAUUGAUCUUAUCUUUUUGAUUUUAUGAACAACUGAAUCAGAUGAAAUGCUUUGAUUUUCUGUUGAUGAAACAUAAUACAUAAUACAUGACACAUAAAAAGCUGUAGUGCCUGAUCCAGCUCUGUCAUGCACCAUUUUUGCAUUAUGUCUGUUUUGUUCAAUUUAAUAGAUGUCUCUUAAAUUCAGCUUCUUGUGUCUUUUAAUUUCUCUCUCUGCCAGUGGUAAUCAACAUUUCUGCCACAGUAUCAACAGGUAAAGGCUAAAUGCAUCAGACUCCUUUAUGCAGAAUGAUUUGAUUGGGAUGUGGGGUCAGGUUGCCCCUGGCAACACUGCUGUUGGGAAAUAACACACCACUGGAUGGUUUAUGGAAGAUUAAGAUGUUCGCUUGAAAGCUGAAGUGUUCUCAGUUAUUGAUUAGUGUUUUCUACUUUAAAUUGGGAAAUCAUUUUAGAUUUUGUCAUUUAAACAGAAUAGUUGUGCAGAUUCUUCAGUGGCAGACCUUAGAAACGCUCUGCCAGAUUGAAAUAUCUCAAACUUUGGUAUUCAGAAAUGUAGCACAGCAGGGACAAAAAUUAAGUCCAUGCUGGUUUUAAAUGUUUUUCAGAGGCUGCACAGAGGGCGGCCUUGACACACUUGACAUUUCCAGAAGCUUCCCUCAGGGGGGCACAGACAGUGCCUCAUGUAUGACUCAUCAUUGUGACUGAUUUUUGUCAACACAAAGAUUUAAUUUAGAAUCAAACAGUAAAAAACAGGUUCGUUCCCCUUUGAAAAGUCAGUUUCACUUUAUUUCACUAACUGUUUUGUGUGUGUGUGUGUGUGUGUGUGUGUGUGUGUGUGUGCCUUCUGGCACCAAUAAACACACCACAUCAGUGAUUGGUCGUAUGAUAAUGGUUGGUAGAUGACAGGAUGAAUGCUUCAUUGGAUGGUGGAAAGCUCUGGCAUGUUGACAAUGAAAUGUUUCUCAGGCCUCGCUUAUGUCCGCAUGCACGUGCAGUUAAACUGAAGCUACUUCCCAAACGCUGGCCUGCCCUCCGCACCGCUUUGCCAAUUGAUUGCAAAGGGUGUCUGAGUUGAAUCAAAUGAUCCCCUCUGGCAGCCCUCCCACGCAGCUGCGACCUCAUUGAUUUUCAGUCAGAUGCCAGGCAGGCUGAAGGGCAGAAAGGAGCCCUGCUGAGUGCCAUUCACAAAGUCUUAGCUGUAGUUUAACACACACACAGGUUAGAACGUUGAGACAAAACUUGGUUUCAGAUUAAUGUGUGUGCAGAACGCCCAGAAAGUCUCUUAUUUUAUCACAUAAAACUUCUAUUCCCUCUCAUGCAUCUCUUUGAUCUGCUUCACUGAUAUUAUUUUUAACCUGUGCAACCUUUUCUCACCCACCCCCUUCUGGCAGGGCAUGGUUUAGAUAUAAAACUGGGGAGAGGGGCUUAUUUUGUUGUCCUAAAACCAGCAGUCUCACUAGCUUCUAUAUCUCUCACUUUUAAAGAGAUAUGAUAGUAUAUUUGAAGUGAGGUUUCAUGAGUUACUUGUCAAUACUUAGUAUAUUAGCCACAGUGAAUACUGGUUGGCUCAGACCCAUUAAUAAGAAACUGCUAAGGGAGCCAGAAUACAAGCAAGGCUACAGUUUUCUGCAGACGGGGCAAAAUCUGCCUUUUAAUCAAGCUAACUGUUAGAGAUCCUAAUAUUUAAAGUGUAUACUCUACUGAGCGUUUUAUCAGCACUUUGCCAUCAGAAAGCCCACUUUUUUGAAAUAGAAAAAUAAAAAAAAUAUAUCAGAAAAUAUACCCAAUGUGAGUAUACGUACAAAGAACCUUGAGAUGAGGGACUGAAGACUUUUUUUCUCUCUGCAUGUACCUUCUCUACUAAGAGACCUUAAACUUUAAACUUAACGAAGGAUAAAAUUCGAUUUUUAUUAUAAUUAUAAUUAUUUUAUUAUGAGUUAAAACUAUUAUAUUUGAUCUUUUGCAUGUUCUGAAAGUGUUUGCUGUCAUCUACUGGCCAUUGUGGGCUCAAUCCUCAUGUAGCCACAUGCUGCAGGGAAGGAAGCAAAGAUUUACAGUAUGUUGGUACUUCAAGUGUAACUCCUGAUACACUUUUAUUCCUUGGCGUCCUUCCGUUUAUAUGUAAUUUACAAGAUACUUAUAAACACUAAAAAUUGGGAUAAUUAUACCAAUUUGGGAACUUGCUCGUUAGGUAACUGUCUUCUUGAAUUGCUCGUGCAGUGUAGUUACAGUGAGUUUGCAUUAUGAUUGAUAAUAUUGGAGUAUUUUCAGAGUAUCUUGUAAAGGUGUUUACUGAUUUGUUUGUUUGUUUGUGUUGGGCUCCUGCCUUUGUGUACAGCUCUGCUAAAAAUCACCAGGAACUUGCAGGUUGUGUUGAUUUUUGCCCUCCCUAUGCUGAUCUUGUUCCAUCAAUAUGAGUUAACACUCUGUCAAAGUUUUAUUUUUUAAUCUCGAGUUUCCUCUAGUAUGUAAAUUUGUGUUCUGUGUGUGGUUUUACUGACAGUCCCUGAAAAGGGGAAUGGAUGUUGUACAUCCCUGAAAACCAACAGAAUGAGUGUAAACAUAACUGUCUUGAUAAUAUAGUUCAGGAUGUUGUACAUCCCUGAAAACCAACAGAAUGAGUGUAAACAUAACUGUCUUGAUAAUAUAGCAUGCCCAAAAAAGUGGUCUCCUAUGCUCAACUUACCCCAUGUAUUGGGUGUGCUUCUAACCUUCACAGACUCCAUGAAUUGAUGCCCAUCUCCUAAAUAUUUGGUCACAUGAUCAAUUUCUUUUACCAUUUCCAAGCAACAGGGAGUGGCUCAACUUACCCUUUGGCUUAACUUACCCCAGUUUCCCCUGCUUCAUCCUCCACCUCCCCUUUUGCGGAUUGCCUCCUCCUUGUCUCGUCCCUGUCUGUCUUUCACCCUUCUCUAAUCCUUGCAUUUCUCUCUUCAUCUCAUCCACAGAAACUCUUACAGUUGCAGAACUUUAACACCCUGAUGGCGGUGGUGGGCGGCCUCAGCAACAGCUCCAUCUCCCGUCUCAAAGACACACAGACCCACAUCAGCGCAGAGACCAACAAGGUGCAGUAUGAACUGCUGCAAUCCCCCCGAACCAUCACUGAUCUAAUUUGAGCUCCUGCAGUCAAACAGUAAAAAUUUCAAUACUGGCUGCAUGUUGAUGCAUUUAGUUAACAAGUGGCUCUUGAUUCAGUGAUCCACUUUUUCUCUGUGGGAGCUGCCAGCCUCCUUAUCAUGCCCAUAACUCCUACACAGUUUCUUUUUAAAAGUAUGAAAUUGAGCCAUAGAAGUUGAAUGCAACAGUUGGAGGAGUUACAGAGUCUUAUCACUUAUGUAAGUCCUUCUGAAGCAAAGUUUUCUGGACUCUCUGUGACUCUCCAAUCUCUGGUUCUACCCUGCAUUUACUAAUUUUGCAGGUUUUUAACAACCUCAUCGAACUGGUGACAUCAUGUGGAAACUACAGUCAGUACCGCAAACGCUUCUCUGAGUGCUCCGGUUUUCGAUUCCCCAUCCUUGGCGUGCACCUGAAAGACCUCAUCGCUGUGCAUGUGGCGCUUCCAGACUGGGUGGACAAGGAGAAAACGCGGGUCAACCUCACAAAGACCCAGCAGCUGUACGCCAUCCUGCAAGAACUGGCCAUGAUUCAGAACACGCCGCCCAACAUUGAUGCCAACACGGACCUGCUCAACCUGCUCACGGUAAGUGCAAAACACUAAACCCGAUGUGAGUGCGCGGCGUCCAAGGUGAGUGUUUGGUGUGAAUUAAAAGCAGCCGGCAGGUCCUGGAUCAGGUGCUGCGAGUGCUAUUCAUCCUGAAGUGCAGCAGGUUUGAAAAGCUCUCAUGAGGCACACAGACAGCAGUGAAGUAGGAGGGAGAACUUUGAGAAGGACAAACACUUGGUGUCUCUUUGCCAGAGACACAGCCAGUCUGCUGAAUGCCCAGAGUGAGUUUUGCUCUGAUUUGAUUGGCUCGUGGAAAUUGGCAAGCUUGGAUGAAAUCUGUAUGCAUGCAGGGGCCGGAGACUUAAAACAACCAACGCCUUUACAGCAUGAACAUCAGAGUUUUCUAUGAAUCUAAAGAGAAGUGGUCUAGAGUGAUCAGAACAGACGGUGUUUCACUUUGAAGAAAUAAGUGAUUAUGACAUUGAUAACUCUGAGUAUGUAUGUCUGAGUAUUUCCAGUACUGGUUAUUUAACUGGCCAACUUUGUUAGAUAGAUGCCUGUAUGCACUACUGUGUGAACAAAAGUAUUUUCCAAAUUUGCAAUUAUUUCACAGCUUCACUCAGUGACAGAGUAGUGCACAUUUGCUGUUGUGCAGCCUCUUAUUUAAAAGAGAGAACAAUUUGAAUACCUCUGAUUUAUCUCAAUUUUACACCUGUUUACAAACUUCCCUUCCUCUCUAAAGUUCUAGAGAAGGUUGUUUUCUUUCAAUCAAAAAGAUUUUCCGACUCAUCCUUGAGGUGUUCAAGACUAGAUUUUUAGCCCUCCACAGCACUUGAACUGCACUUCUAAAGGUUUCUCUCCCAUGUGGAGUUCCGCAAGGCUCCAUUCUAGGUCCUGUUCUGUUCUCGUUGUAUAAGCUUCCUUGAAUAUCUUUUCACUUUUAUAAUGAUAAUACAGAGCUGAACUUUCCUAUGAAAAACAAGGACAGAAACUCUUUGCACUAGCUGAAUGACAUUGAAGCCCAAAUGGCCUUAAAUUUUCUGAAAAUUAACAAGACUGAUUGAUUGGAUAGAAGAGGGUUUUAAAAUGGUCAAAGAAACCCAGACAUGAGGGUAUUAUUAAACCUACAGUAUGUGUUGCAGAAGUCUGUGCAGACAAAAAGAGUAUUUUUCAGGGGAACAUCUGAAGUGCUGCACUGCAGUUGAAGGAAAUUCAACUUUAAAACAGGACAAAGAGUCAUGACCUCACAAUUCAGCAUCUUUUUAUUGGACUUCACUGAACUUUAAUUUGUUAACCUGAACUGAAAUCUCUUGUCUGUUCCUGUUUACUGUUCAGGGUCUUAAGCAGUUUUGCUGUCAGUGCACUUUUGCUGAAAAUAACCCAAACUAAAGUCUCAGCAGAAUCAAAUUCUCUUUUUUAGAUAUCAACAGUCCAGACAGGGAGGCAUUUUUUAACUCUGGUUAAAACCAGAUCACUUAACUCUGGUGAUUUACUCAUCACUCUUGUUAUUGAGUUUGUCUGAAGUUCAAACAUUGUUUUUGGAUUCAUGGGAAAUAAUCAAAUGCCAGUUUUUGAGCGUAUAAAGUAUCACUACUAUGAACUGUCAGUAUUACUGUUGCAUCCAACAUGUAGUGCUGUAACAAAGCCACUUUCUGAUAGCAAAGAAGAGCUCUGACAAGUUUACGAAAUAGUUACAUAAAGUUUGAAAUGAAAUGAUUACAUUAAGCUUAAUUAGUACACAAUCAAGUUAGCCCCAUCUGCAAUAGCCUGUGUGUCAACAAAGGGGUUAGGGACAGCCCCCUCUGGUGACGGGCUGCAGUAUAGGUCAUAAAUCACGCCUCCUCUAGCAAUCCUUAUGGAGUUGUGGACAAACUUUAGAAAUUAAUUACACAGAGUAUACAUUUUUCUCCCCCCUGGCUGCAACGUUGACAUGUAGUUACUGUAAGACUGGUUUGUGCUUUAUUAGGGGGUUCAUGUUUUCUAUGAUUGACACUUGAUACAGCCUAUGGGCUGUACAAAGAUUGCGUAACUCACCUGGGGGAUAGGCUGUUUGAGCCGAGCGUUAUCACAGAGACUCUCCCACUGAAUGCGUACCAAUGCUACUGCGCAAGUGGUGAUUCCAGAAAGUGGAGAAAAUCCCGGAAAUAACAAGAGCAAUUCAGCUUCAUAUUCCUAUCAUGACGGAAGGUGGAGCCAAGUUGUCCGCAUACAGUCUAUGGGUAAUCCACUCACUACUGACAAGAAUCUCAUACAGCCCCACUUAAAAAAUCAGAACUAUCCCUUCAAGAAGUGCUUUAAAAAUUGUAACCACCAAGUCUUGGUAUUUAAUUCUGUAAAAAAGUGGAGUAUUUACCUUUCUUGGCUGUCACAUAUGCUCGCUUCCCUCUCAUCUUAGACUCCUCUUCGUCACCGUAACUCAUUAUGCUAGCAUUGAUAAUCAGGAUGUGGCAGAAUUAAAGGAUGACUCUUCAUCUUAUAUUUAGUCAGAGCGCCCAAACUAGGAAUACUUUGUGAGGCUGAUCUCAGCUUUGUAGCUGCCUGCACUCCAGCAUGAGAGUGGAGGCGCUGUUUUCAUACCUCACACUAAACCUCUGAGUGUGUGUGUCAGUAUUUCUUUUGGCAGAUGCAGAUAAGAGUUUCUAGGGUUUGAGGAGUGAAGCUUACUGAAGUUAAGAAAUCCUGUGAGAUCAAUCGGGUAAUCUGGCGUCAGGUGUUGGGGAGAGAUUACAGCUGCUGCUCCUUUUUUUUCUUUUGUGAAAGUGACAGAAAGCAACUUGAAGCGGGGGGAAUUCAGGGAAGUUUGCUGGACAGAGUCAAUACCCAAUUAUUGUAUCCCAGUGCUUAUUCCUGUGGAUCUAAGUCGAAUCAUGCUCACAUCACAGCAGAUGGAAUAAAAGUUGAUAAAUCCGUCAAAAUAAAGGAAGCAUGCACACCUUGUAAAAAGCAAAAUGCUCAAGUUUGUGGCACUUUUCUCUUCUUUUUGAGUCACAUUCAUCAGAAAGGAGACUCUGUUUCAUCAUCUGGAGUGUGCUGAACAAUUUGCAGUUAACCUUUUCCUUGAAAUAGUGAGAGCUGCUCUAAAUCAGAGGGCCAAACAAGAAAAGCUCCUUUUCCUUCCGCACUUACUACCUCAACUCAAUAAAACACAGGAAACGCAAUUACAGUCAGAGAAUAACCUCAAGGAAAAAAUAAUAGGAGGCCUACAAUGGAUGAGGUGGAGGAUUAUUUUCGGCAGUCUGUGGCAGUAACUGGAGCAGAUAGUCUAGUUAAUAAGAAUAUAGCCCCUUUUAAUUAUUUCUCAAAUAAACAGGCUUGUGUGGCCUUUGAGUUAUAAAAGGAGAUAGACAGACGGCUGUAUAGGUACUAUGAAAUAAAGGUAACAAAUCUGAAUGCUGCUUCGGUGUGUGCUUGUUGGUUUGCUUAACUUUGUGAGUUAAUAUUAGGAAUACAGUAGUGAUUUACAAGAGUAAUAAUGUGACAAACAAGCCAAGGGGUCCCUCUUGCAUCCAUGAUUUCCAAAAAGAGUGUCAGCUCUAUUCGUCACUUUGUGUCUCUGGUCUUCGAUCAUGCUUAUUGUUUUUAGCUUCCUCUUCAGCUUUAGGUGCUUUCAGGAUAUAGUAAUGAGCUAUGUUGAUAGUGAUUUUAAAUCCAUGCAGUGAUUUCCACUGCAGAGUCAUGCAUGUUUUAAUGUAGCGCUGCCCAAAGGCCCAAAAAGCACAGCUGCAUAGUCUGGUUUUUGACAGUGUCCCUUCUGUACAGAGAUUUUAAAGAUUCUCUGAACCAUAGACUUUAUGUACUAUGGACAACUUGUCUCCACCUUCUGUCAUUAUAUGAAUUUGAAGCCGAAUUGCUCUCGGUAUUUCCGGGAUUUUCUCCACCUCCUGGAACCACCACUUGUGUAGUAUUGUACGCAUUCAACGAGAGAGUUGGUGAGAGUUGCUGUGAUGAUGCAUGGCUCAAACAGCCUAUCCCCUGUGUGAGCUAUGUAAACUUUGUACACUCAUAGGCUGUAUCAAGUGUCAAUCAAAGAAACAGGAACCUCCCAAUUACUUUUAAAAAUGGAGCUGUACAGAAAAAAGAGGACUUUAGCACAAACCAAUCUUACAAUAACUACAUGUCAACAUCACAACCACGGGGGGGAGGAAAAUUUAUAGUCUGUGUAAUUAAUUUCUAAAGUUUGUCCACAGCUCUAUAGGGGUUGCUGGAGGAGGCGGGAUUUAUGACCUAUACUGCAGCCCGUCAACAGAGGGUGCUGUUCUCACGGUGGCUUCACCCAGCGAGGAGGCAGACGGCAUCCAUUCUAUAUAUAGUCUCUGCUCUUAACCUGUUAUUAAUUACUUUUUGAUUAUGUUCUCUAAAAACACAAUCUGUUUUUUUGUCUUUUUAUCAUAUUGAUGUUGAUUUGUUAUCCCCAUUCCAGCUUAUUUGAUACAAGCGUUUUAGUUUUAGCCUUUGGUAUGUUUUGUUUGCAGUUACCGUUGCAUAAGGAGUAUAAAUGAUGAAAGUAUAAAGCUAAAAUAAUUUGCAAACCUCAGAAAUCUUUUUUUAUCAAUAUUUUUUCCUGUGCCCCAACUUUUUACAUCAGAAUUACAUAUGGAGCACAAUCAGGAUUAAACAAACAAUCAAGCUUCAUUUUACUGAUAAAAACAUGUAACAUAAGAAUGACACCUAGAUUCUACAUGAGAAGCUGCAUUGUUUGAGUGCCUGACAGCAACAUUUCUGGGCUCUCCCUCAGCUCUGUCAUUUUUCUCACCGCUCUGCACCAAUGCUGCACUCACACUUUCAGCCCCACGGGCUGAAGCUACAGGGGUUUAAGAUCUGAACUCAUCACUCCUCCGUUUUUCUGCAUGAGGUGGGAGCGCAGACAUAAACACCAACAAACUGCUGCUGCAAACACAGGUUAUGUGAGUGGAAAUAACACAAAUUACAGCCAGAGUGUAGACUAUAGUGCAUGAUUGCUAAAUCACCCAAAUGCCUUUAAAGUAAUCAGAUUCAGAGAGUGAAAAAGCUCACAUCAGUUUUUCUAACACAGAUCUGAGUAUUGCUACAGCGAAAAGGAUGAAACUCUCUGAUUUACCAUUAGAUACCGGACUGUAUAUUCUGUUUCAGUCAGACUGCACCAAACUGCCUUAUUUGGCUUUGUUUAGUUUUUCACUUAUGUUUACAGCAGGCGUCGAAAAGGCUGUUUCUGAAACCCUUAAGAUUACUUUGGAAGGAUGGUGAAUAAUGAGAUGGGCUGAAACUUCACAGCAUAUUUACCAAACACUAAGCUUGGUUUCUAUGAGCAAAAUAACACUAUAAUAACAGAGGUUUAAAGGCCCAUUGACAAGUAUUAGGGGUUUUUCACCACAUUACAGUUUACAUAAAUAGGCGUGGUACUCUGAUUGUAAAAUAUUAGCUAAGUUGUAAUGACCCCAGAGGGGAAAUAGUAUCAUUGUAAGCCAGACGCUGUGACAUGCAGUAACCAUUAAAUGCAUGCAUUUUGAUUGGAAACAGACUGUAUGUAACUUUAGCAUGUGUCAACCAGGAUAAAAUGCAUUUGGGUUGAUUCAUAAGUCAUUAACUCUCACAGUGCCAGGUCGUUAAGGAUGCAUUUAGCAUACAUGACCUCCUUGACUUUUCAUCCCUACUCCAGCAAAUACUUAUAAAGUGCAACUAAGCAGUAACCUAAUACUGCAGUUCCCCAAGUGCCCUUUGGAGCCUGGCUGAGGAGCCCCUGUCAGGUCCAAUGUUAAACUGCUCAACUUUUCAACUUUUUUUCAAACUGUUUUUUUUUUUUUUUUUUUUUUUUUGGUGUAUAGUUAAAGUCCCACUCCGAUUGUUUUUUUUUUUUCUGUUAUUGUAUUUUUUUUACUACUAAAAGUGUUAACAGUUGUCUUUAAGUUGUGACCAUGACGUUUUUGGCAAAAAUCAUGUUUCCUGUGUCAUUUUCAAAGGCUUUUCUUCUGCAGAGCUCCAGUAGCUCAUUAGCAAUUCGCCUCUGAGUCAUGGGAGGAGACAGCGCUGCUCCGCACACUUGUCUUCAUGCUAGCUUGCAGCCUUACAUUGCCGGUGUAGUAGAAGAAGCAGGAGCUAUGAGUUAAGAGCUAACACAGGAACUGUAAAGCUCUCUGACACUAAUUUCUUUAGGGACAUGAUGAAAGUUUAUAUCAUAAUUAGCUUUCUUACGAGCAUUGCAGUCCGCUAGCAUACAUGCUUGUUCCGCAACCAUCCUCUCUAUUUCUCGGAGUCUGGCCUGCAUAGCAGGGCUCUGGGUCGGAGCCUGGAUUUGCUAUGUAGGAAAACUCACUGUAUCUGAGCCUGCACUUUGGAUCUGCCAGAGUUUCACAGCGAUUUGAAAGCUAAAAUACUCAGAAAUGCAGUUUUGCACUUAUUUUUCUCAUGAUAUGUCCUGUGGCAUCAGAAAAUGCCAUGUAAACAUGUAAACAACAAGAAAAACAUUUUUUUUUUCUUGACUUUCUUGAUUUUGGGUCUUUAGUUAUUUUUUAUAAACACUAUAGUGGCUGAAUUCUUGUAAAAACAAUCGGUCUUGAAUUCAGUCAAUACAUUGUGGUUUCAGCUUCCACUGUAAACCAGGACUGAUCACAGAGACUUUCUUUUGAAAAAGAGUAGAACACAGAGAUUUAAAGAAGAAAUGGUUACACUGUCCCCUCUGUUCCCCUCUCUGCAGGUGUCUCUGGAUCAGUAUCACACAGAGGAGGAGAUAUAUCAGAUGUCUCUACAGAGAGAACCUCGUAAACCAGCGGUGAGCAGACCACUCGGUCACAUUUUGAGUCCGUUACAGGUCUGUUCUCAUUUCCUGUAUUUGUCAGGGAUAUACAUUGCUCUGCUCCUGUUGAUAUAUGAUGGAUGGUGGAGUUUUUACUGUGUCCUGCUGCUUUAUAAAGCUGGUUACCCUCAGCUCUAUUGAUUUCUGGAGCUGUAGUAUGAAAAAUGAUCUGAAUCAUGUCUCUGAUUCUUUAACAAAUAAUAUGUGGAUUACAGAUAUGCAGAUACCUUUAAAAAACUACCCCUCUAUAAUAGAUUCCUUUGCAGCUCCAUGUUGACAGUAGGGAAAUACUGCAAAUGUUGUUUUUCUCCUCUCAUGGCGUUUUGAUGGUCUGUACUGACCCUUGACGGCUGCUCCGCACUGCGGAUGUCUUUUCCUCCCUCUGUGAGAUGACAGCUUCAGCCUCCCUGUGUUGAUAUUGAUCUCACGCUCUUUGGUUUUAUCACCGGUUGUAGCAGAACUCCAGCCCCGCCCCCGCGCCUGACCCCAAGCCCACUAUGAUCGAUGAGUGGGCAGUGUCGGUGAAGCCCAACGCUGACCCAACCAUCAUCAAGAAACAUAUCGAGAAGAUGGUGGAGGUGAGUUUCUCAGUCUUCACACAUUCCCCUUUCUUACAGUGCUAAUUAUAUCCUGUGGGCUCCGUAGGGAUGGCAGUUGAAGGGUGAAUUAUCUGUUGUUAUCCACACAACUGCCAUCUUGACAUGAUAAGUGUGAAGGGCUUCUGGCCAAAGGGCUAGUAAUCUUUCACUAUAAUUACAAAGGCUUGGGAGCUCAUUUAAAACCUAUGUAAGUCCUUUUUGGCUCUUUUUUUUAAUGUUCCUUAUUUCCAUGAUAGGGAAAGAAAAACAUGAAAAUCCUUUCUUGUGGGUUGACAGUCUUUUGAACAGAUUUAAAUAAUUUUGAAUGGUUAAGAAGGAAUAAGGAGAAAACGAUAAAGAUAUAUAUCAAAAAUUAAUUUCCCUCAAUAUCAGUAUAAAACAUGGUCAAUAUCCUUUUUGAUAGUCGGCAUUCUGCCAUGUUUUGGGACUAUACGAAUAGCGAACGAAAAGGGGAGUUGCUACGGGUCCACUUCGCACUGAACCAAUCAUGUGCUGAAUCAGAACCAAGUAGCAAACAACUGCAGUAGUAGUAGGCUGCAGCUUUACGCAACUAUAGCGCUUUAACACGUGAAGCCGACAGCACUGUUGGUGAGAAAAAAAGAAAAUGAGUCAACAGAAAUAAAGACGAAGGCUCAGCAGAUGAUGAAAUCGUUGGCUUUAUGACAUGACAACCAGCGUAAACUCACAGCAUUGCAUUGUGCCUACUUUUAGCAUGAUAUCAGUGUAAAUUUUUUUCGUACAUGAAGAACUGAGGCAAGAUGAUCAUGAGGCUGCCACUUUAAUAAUGAUAUAGGGUUUACUGUCGAGACUGGCAGGUGUUCUCUCUUCUGAUUGGUGGAUGGCUUCUUAGCAGCUGUGCACCAGUCAGGUUCUCAGAAUCACAGGUGGAUUGUUUCUGGCCUGGGGGAAGCACCACCCUUAAACUCCUACAUAAACACACACCCACGGAACACCUCAAAUAAGAUUAAUUAUUAAAGUAAGUGUAUCAAAUGAAAGUUUUUGCUUUAUUUGAACUGGGACUAACCGUUCAAACCUUCAUGUCCACAGUCAGUCUUCAAGAACUUUGACACAGACGGCGACGGCCACAUCUCCAGAGAUGAAUUUGAAGCAAUCAGGAACAACUUCCCUUACCUCAGCAAGUUUGGAGAACUGGACAAAAACCAGUGAGAGCGUGCACACUAAUUCAUUGUUGUUUUCAGUGCGUCAGAGGUGAUUUGACCUCAUGUGCUAACCUCUCUUCUCACCCCCUCGUAGGGAUGGACAGAUCAGCAGAGAGGAAAUGAUCGACUACUUUAUGAAAGCCAGCUCUCUGCUCAACUGUAAGAUGGGUUUCAUUCACACUUUCACUGAAGCCACCUACGUCAAGCCCACUUUCUGCGAGCACUGCGCUGGCUUUGUGAGUACUCAAAUGUGAAAACUAAUCCCACUUUAAUCAUGAGUUUUAUCUGACUUUAACCACAGCUGAUCCUUAAAUCAAACAAGCAUGACGAAUGUUUGCUGCACUUUACUGUGUAUGACAAAUAUCCUGCUGUGCAUUUAAGCAAGUUUUCUGUACUUUAAGCUUUUGUAUUGUUAGUUAUAUACUAGGAAAUGCCCUGGCAUUUAAAAAGUACUAGAAAUUUUGAAUUUUUUUAAAGCUUUAUUGUUAUAAGAUUGAAAUCCUGACGUUUAAGCUCAUAUAUCAAUCAAGUGUCAGCAAUUAAGUGCUAAUCCAUGGGGCCAGUCUAUUUAGCUCAUUCUGUUUUCAAAAAAGUAUGUUACCAGAGUUAUUCAGAACUUUUUUCUCUGUUCAUAGUUAGAAACGUGUGAUAUAUCACACUGCUGAUACAUCCACAGAUCACACCCCGCUGAGCAAGUCUGCAACAGCACCGGAACAUAGAUCUGCCUUCACCAUGCCUCUGGACUGAUGCACUGCACCCUGAAACAGCCUAAUGUUGGUGUCCCAGUGUGUGUCUUUGCAGAGGCUUCACAUACACACUCACUUAGACAUGCAUAUUAACACACAGCACUGCUCUGCUGCUCACUCUGACACUACACCAAAUAUUGAGUAAUUGAUUGUUAAGAACGUAACACAUUUUUUUGUUCAAUUUUCCAUCAGGUUGAGAUAAAUAAGACCCGGUCUCAUCAGUGUGGUAGUUAAGGUUGUCGCAUGUUACUACUGAAACAAGCUGGUUAAAGGUGUCCACGGUGGAGAUGUGUCUGUGGUCUUCCUGAGCUCGUUUUAGGGAGCAGCACACUAGGGCUGAGCGAUAAACUGAAAAUUUACCGAUACCAAAAUUCAUGACAAUAACCGACGUCGACUUGCCCAUAUCAAUACAUCCAGUGUCAAAAAAAUAAAUGAAUACAGUUGGUUUUGGAUGUGUGUAGGUAGGCUAUGGUCUCAUGUCCCUUUAAGACGCUGUCCUACAUCAGAGUCGUGACUCCGCCCCAUCCACCCCACCCAUACCUACUCUGUGGAAAACAUCCUGCAUUGUGCCAGUACCAAAAACAAAAUGUCCUGCUGAACUCAAUGACUACAGACCAGUGGCCCUCACUCCACACAUCAUGAUAACCCUGGAGCAGCUGAUUCUACACCUGCUGAGGUCUGAGGUCAAAGACAAACUAGACUCCCUGCAGUUUACAUACAAAGAACACAUUGCAGUGGAUGAUGCAUCCAGAAAUACCCAGAUGACACUGCUAUUGUGGCAUGUAUCAGAAAUGGACAACAAUCUGAAUACAGAGAUCUAAUAGGAGCCUUCAGUGACUGGAGUCACAAAAACUGCCUCCUCCUCAACAUCUCAAAGACAAAGAAGAUGGUCUUAGACUUCCGUAGAUCCAAACCCCCUCUUCAGCCAGUGAACACCUGUGGAGUGGACAUUGAAGUGGUGACAUCAUAUAAAUACCUAGGUGUACAUCUGGAUAAUAAGUUGGACUGGUCUAAGAAUAUAGACUUCAUCUACAGAAAGGGGCAGAGCCGCCUCUUUUGACUGAGAAGAGUCCGAUCUAUAGACAUCUGUAGUAAGAUGCUGCAGAUGUUUUAUCAGUCUGUGGUGUCUACAGUGUUCUGUUCUAAGCUGCAGUCUGCCGGGGAGGACGCAUCAAACACAAAAAUGCAAGACGUCUUAACAAACUGGGGAAAAAGGCUGGCUCUGUGGUCCGAAUCAAGCUGGACUCAGUGGAGGAUGUGGUGGAGAGAUCUACACUGAGGAAGGUGAAGACUAUUCUGAAGAACAUGGAUCACCCACUUCACAACACCUUGAUGGACCAAAGGGCCAAUGGUAGUGGAUGGCUCCUCUCUCUUCGCUGCAGGACAGAAAGAUUCAGAAGAUCUUUUGUACCAACAGCCAGUAGACUUUACAACUCUUGUGUAAAUAGUAGAUAACUGUAAAUAGUAGAUAACUUUUAGAGACAUGUCAAGUGAGACAACAGAGAAUUGAAUUUCCCUUCCGGGAUUAAUAAAGUUCUAAUUAUCUUAUCUUAUCUUAUCUUAUCUUAUCCAGUCUGUCAUAAAGAGGGAAAGACAGGUGAGGAGAUGGAGGACUGUUCAAAAGUUGUAGGCUGAUGAAGUAGAUGAAGUUAGUGUGGGAGAGGGUGAGCAGCUUGUGGAGUAGUUAUCGUCCAUUUAUCGUUAUUGAGGUGAAUUGCGAAGUAUACCGUGAUAUUGAUUUGAGGCCAUAUCACCCAGCCCUAAAGCACUAAACAGACACGGCUGUUUGGAGCUUCUUUCUUCAACACUACCCUGUCUUUGCAACCGAAGCUGGCAAACAGGUGAAAAGUUAUUUAAAGAGGGUUUCCCAGAUUAGCAAAGCCAACAUGAUAUAUCUGCACCCCAGCAACAUCAGUGCCUCCUGAUUGUGACCUGGUUACUCUCCUGACUGACACCCAACCAAGUGGACAUGCUUUUAAUUAAUCAAUAAGAACAAACAGUUAUCAGUGAUUGAUUAACUUAUCCACAGAACAAUCAUGGAAAAUACUUUGAAGUUAUCUCCGUAGUCUGAACAGUAGUUUGUUUUUCUCACAUUUCAUAUUUACUCUGACAUCUGUAGAUGCUCUAUAAGACUCUUAACGUUUGUUGCCAUAUGUGCAUUUUAAUCAUUUAAAGCCACAUUUGUAGAGGUAAUUUUAAAAAUUAAAGUAAAUGCACAACUUUAAACCUUCUGAGGUUUUUAACUGGCUUUAGAUUUUCCCAAUGCUUUGACAUAAUUGGACUCAAUCAAUGGUUAAGGUCAGAUCUAUGUAAAAAGGCCAGAGGCCAGACAUGUUUGACACCUGUGUAGCCCUGCAGAUAUAGUGCACUUCAUUAUUUGUCCCGGCAGCUCAUGAUGGGCUCAUGUCUCUGAGGCUCCUCCUGUCAGGUCAGGGCUGUGCCAAUUACUUUGAGCUGCAGCAUCAUGCUGCUGGAGCUGCAUGGGAGGAAGGUAAUUGGAUGAGAUGAUACCCCUCCUUCCUACUUCCUUGUGUGUUUGUGUGUACUCUGGCCCUUAACAUUCCCCAAAGUCCCUGAAGGAGGCUUCUGUUGUUUAGACACAGACAGUGAGUCAGCGCCUGGCUGUAAUGAGAACAGUAAUACGCUCCUCAUAUCGAACUGAACACGGAGAUGACAGCCCAUUCACUGCUGUAUACGCACAUUAAGAGGAGCUGGAAGGGGAGUCGAAUGCUCACAGGAGAAGUAUGUUGUAGAUUAUUUGCAUAGACUCGCAUUAGCACUUAAAGGAACACACACACACACACACACACACACACACACACGCACAAGCACUCUUGGGGAAGCUGCUGUGUUUUUAAAUCAUCAUGAAGGGGAACUCAAAAUACAGAGCGAGUAGAGAUAAGGACUCUGGCAGCACGCCUCUUCCUUUGAAUAUGAGUGUGGCAGAGGUAGAUACAUGAGCUGCUUCCUCCUCUGCCUGCUUUGUGCUUUCCUCUCGGUUCCCGAGUUGAGACAAUAUUUUUCCAGCAGCCCCAUUUUUCAGCACUUGUCUCAAACAAGUUGUACAGAGGCCUUCUGUAAACACCGCAGAGUCUGCUCACCUCUGCUGUCUCGCACGUAUUGUGCUCUUUUCCCCAUGGCCACUUUACAUCCUCACUUAAUGACACACAGAUGAGUUGUACUAAAUGCACCAGGCAAGAAGACACACCGCAGAGGUUUUUCACAUCUCAGGAGAGUGCAGCAAGUGUUUUAGCUGCAGGCUUCCAGCACUUUUAUUUGAGUGAUGUGCAGAUCUCUUUGGGGGUUUUUUCUGACAGUUUAGCUUCACAGGAUCAGAAUAAGAGAAGUAAAAAGCUGUCUUUAGUUUGUCUUAUACAGCUCGUUCAUACAGUGUGACAGCCUGACAUAAGUGUUAGAAAAUUGUUUAAAGUAUGACAGUUUCUUUUCAGACUGUCUGUCACUGCAGUUUAUUUCAAAUGAAAGCUACAAAUGCGACUUAUUGCACCUAUUAUUUUCUAAGCUAAUCGAACCUCUUGGUAAAAACUGCGGUGUACUUUUCCUUUACAUUGAAAGAGACCAGUGUUUGGGGUUUUGAAAGUGAAAUGUUGUCCCAUUCUGGCCUGAUCAGGAUUCCAGCUGUGUAGUAAUUGGAGUUGUAUUUUUUGUUCGUUAAAGUUUUGGUUCAUGAUGUGCCAAAUAUUUUCAGUAGGUGACAGGGUUUAGUUUAACUUUAGGACUCUUCUACUACUGAGCCAUGUUGUUACAGUUUGUGAAGAAUGUGAUUUUGCAUCUUCUUGCUGUAUUUAGGCAAGGUCUUCUCUGGAAAAGGCACUGUCUGGAUGGAAGCCUGUGUUGCUCCAGAACCUGUUGCUACUAUUAUUCAGCGUUUAAUAAAGCUUCCCAGAUGUGCAAGCUACACAUAUCAGGAACAACUAUGCAUCCUCAUAACAUAGAGAAUGCUGGCUGAAAGCGUGUCCUUGAUUCCCAAAAAGAAUGUCAAAUUGGACUUGUUGGAUCACAGGACAGCUUCUUCACUGCAGCCUGUCUCAAAAAGGAUUGCGCCCAGAGGAGUUUCUGGUACAUGUUGAUAUGUGGUUUACUCUUUACCUGGUGCAGUGUUAACCUACAUUUGUGGAUGCAGCAGCAAACUAUGUUUUCAGCUCAUGCAGUAUUUUCCACUGCAGAGUCAUUUCUGUUUAGGGCCAAAGAUAGAGGCCAAACAGAAUUGGUUUUUGGCCUUGUCCAUUUUUGCACAGAGAUUCUCUGAAUCUUCAAAUGACAUCAUGUACUGUAGAUGAUCAAGUACAUAGAUCCUUUACAAUUCAAGUUCAGAAACAUCUCAAAUUGUUGAACGAUUUGCUCACACAGUCUCUCACAGAGAGGUUAACCCUUUUCUGAGGGAUUAAGCCUCUCAGGUCUAACCUGCUAUAAAUGAACCUUUUUAAGUGGGAAACAUUCCUCCAGGUGUUUCUUUGGUGUUUUGUGUGAGCAUAUAUCUUCAGUUUUAUUCAAAUAUUUGAUACACUGUCUCUGCAUUGAUAAGUCACAAACCAUCAAAAUCUGUUUUAAUCAUUCUGCACAGCUUCAUAACUUUUUUGAAAUCAGGUGUUUUUUGCUGCAGUUUUGCCGACACUGCAAACUAUCAUCUGUGACAAUUUUUACUGACCUUUCAGCAGAUUUGGCACUGGAAUGAUUUUAAGUGUAUCUGUUUCCUGCUUGGCUGAUUUUUUUUUUUUUUUUUUUGGUAUCAUUUUAAACAACGCUGUUUAACCAGGUCUGCUUAUUUCAUGCAUGUGGCAUGAAGGAGGGAUUUCAAGAAAAAAGGUGUCUUACAAAUCUCAGUGAUAUUUAUCUUCUGUGUUUGGACAAAGUAAAUGUGAGAAGAUAUUUUUGCACAUGUAUGCUUUUAUUUUGAGGUCAACACAUCUUUCAAAAAAUGUUCAGAAGUGUAAAGACUGAUAUAGUAGAAACAAAACAACUUUUUUGUCUCAAAGUUUAAUCUCUGCUCUUCUAAAGUAUAUUAUCUCAAAUAAUGGUAACUUGGUGAGCUUAUGGAGAUCAGUGUGAGAUUUCAUGUUUUGCUAAUCCAAAUAAAUCAAAAAGAAAGGAAAACAUAAUAAUGAGGUAAAAAAAGUAGAUGUCGAACACCUUCUUCCCAUUAUUCUAGUUUAACAGUUUGUGGUGGACCUUCAAAAAGAACAGACUGUUUCAUAAUAUUGAAAGAUGUGUAUACUUACUGCAUGAAUUUCACAUCCUAACAAGACUGAAUCCCUCUGUAAACAGUGACAGACAGAUGGACAGCUGUCUAAAAUGGAAGACUGAUCAAUCACUGGAAAAACAGGAACACUGUGACACAGUUUAUGUGUAAAUCAUGAUGUUGUGAAUCUGGUCAUUGAAAUUUGCUGCUAGAGUACAACUGUCAUUAAAUUAUGAGAAGCAUAAAGGAACAGGGAAACCAUGUUGUUAUCGUAAACACCCUCUUAUCAUCCAGACUGAGGCUGAUGAUGUGUUUUACAGACCGGAAAUUCAUGACUUUAAUCAUCGUGAGGCACAUAAACAUUUAGUUGGGCGCCUCUGUACAUGGGCGCACUUGUUCCUCUUUGCCAGUGGAAGGGAUGUCCCGAUACAACUUUUUACCUCCGAUACGAUACAGACAUUCUAGCCUUCAGUGUUGUCCAAUACCGAUAUUGAUCCGAUAUUAGCUCAAACUUGUGCUUGACAAGUUUUGCACUCAGCUGCAACGUCUUUUUCGGACUUAAACAAAAAAAUACUGCCACAGGGCUGUCACCACUCUUACUCCUUGCUACUUUGUUAGUAUCUUAGUACACAAUGUUGUUGUGAUCCCUUGGGCUCUACAUGCUGGAGUGCUGCUAGAUAAAGGUGCUGGAGCGGAGUCUUAAAUGGACUGCGUGUAUCUGAGUGCUGAUAUCGGAGAUUUUAAAUGCAGGCCAAUAUAAUCUGAUAUUCGAAUGUUUGCUGAUAUUGGACCGAUGUCCAAUAUCAAUAUUGUAUCGGGACACCCCUAGCCAGUGGUGCCCUCCUGAGUUUUACUGUUUCUGAAACACCUGAAGCUGACAGCAUAAGCUAACAGUAGCCAGCUUUCUGAUACUCUUAUAGUCUUCUCUAACUAGAGUCUCAGCCUUAUUAAGCAAUGACAACAUUUUGCAGAGUUUUAGCUACUUUGCCAAAGUUCUGUAGCUUCUACUUUCAUGAUAUUGUAUCAAAAAAUGCAUGAGAGCAACAACAGAUAAAAGGAAAUUGUUGAGGAAAAAGCUUUUGGAUUUAAUUUGGAAACUUUUUAUGGCUGCAAGGGGAAGACACAUGGUUUCUAUUUUCUGUCAGUUUUUCUUUGUCUUCAUGAUACAAAACUCGCACCUUCAAAAGCAAAAAUUCUCAAAGGGUGCUUCUUUUUUAAUGAGUAACUGUUAGUAAAAAAAGCACAUUUCCCAAACAGUCAAUGUAGAAUUUAUCAUGUGAGAGCCAGAGUUGGAUCCUGUAAAAAGCCUCAAAGAUGUAUUCAGUCCCAGUGUUUGCUUGCAGCUCUUGCUUGUGCUGCAUUGUGUUGUUCAGCUCCAGUAAAGGUCAGUCAGUGUAGGCAGAGCUGUGAUGAGAGUUGUGUUUAGAUGUUCUCCUCGUAACCGACUACCCUUUGUUGUAGAGCCCCUGGCUGUGCUCACGGCUCCCUGCUGCGUGUGUGUUUUUCUUUGUGUGUCUAUGUGCAUCUGCAUGUGUAUUUGUGUGCACACAUGUGGGUUUGUUGCCGGAGUGAGUGAGUGUGUUUGUGUGAAGAGGUCAGGAUAUUUUGUGCCUCCUCAGAUGUGCCAGUGCAGUGUGUGAUCUGCAGCUCCACUCUUUCAUGUCAUUGUUCCCCCCACUGUCUGCGCGCUCCCUGUGCCCCGCUUGAUCUUGGGCUCCCUCCGCCCCCCUGUACGUCCUGCCAGCCUCCUCUCUCUUGUUCAUUUCCUUUCCACUCUCUCUGUUACUGUACAUCAUUUUUUCCUAUUGUUCAAGCUCCUUUGUCUUUUGUGUAGGGCUGAAGUAAUCUGUCAGCAAUCAGGUAUUUCAGCGAUUAUAUUGACAAGUAAUUGAGAAAUCUAAUGACAACAUCAUUUUUUUUAAUCAAAAUGUGUUUUUGCCUUUACUGCAGCAGAAAUGCAAAUUUCCCUGUUGCUGUAAUAAUAACGUAUCAUGUUGUCAUUUUAUUAUUAUCAUUAUUUUUUUUUUAUUUUAGCCUUUAUUUAACCAGGUAGGUCCCAUUGAGAUCAAAGAUCUAUUUAGCCUGAAUGAAUAUACAUUAAACUAAAUGGUACAUCAUCAUAUCAAAAUGUACACAGAAAUGGUUGUAUAAAGAUCUAAGAUGGUUGUGAAAGUAGAUAGUGGAGACUGCACACCUUGGCCACCCCUACCCAUGUCAGCAACCCACUUAAGCCACCUUAGUCCAAAAGUCUGGACACACCCCUGCAUAGCAGCACAGAGUAAGCAGUGGGACCUGAAAGCGCUCAGGCUGUCAACAUCAAAACACAACACAGGAUGUAGGAAACACAUUUUUGUUGAUUGUUAGAGAAUAAGAGGAAACCAAACUUUAAUCUUAGUUAGAACAAUGACACUAAAAAGGUGAGUCCUGAACUAGCAAGGGCAUUAUAACUGGUCCGAAACCAUCAUGCAAAUGCGUAAUAGUAUAGGUAUUUGUCGCUGGAUAAAGUUCAAAGAAAAAUCUGAGAGGACUCUGCUGCUCAUGCUGGGUUAUUAUAUGGGAAUUAAUAUGAAAAUACCGAUGAAAACUAACGUCUUUUACUCUGUAAUUGAAACAGUAUUAUUAGUAUGACAUGCAAUGUAAGAAAUCAUACAUACAGUGAAAUGUUUAGACAGCCCUACAUGUCUAGAAACAGGGGUCUCUAUUCUCGCCUAUGAAGCAGGCCAACACUGACUCACUCUCAGUGCGUCAUUAUUGUAUUGGUAAGUAAUUGAAUGACUUUCAACAUCUAAAUUAGAUUUAAUGUGUUACUGUUUUUAUUUUAUUUCUGGUUAAUGAAAGUCACUAGGUAUGUAACACCAUAAGUACAACAAUUGGCCAUGAUUCCUAGCACAGUGUGGGAAACAGAAUGCACCUUAUAAUCUGGAUUUAAACUUCAGCUCAAGGCAAAUAAUCGGUCCUCACGCUUUUUUUUUUAUAAUGACGUUAUUAAAGGAACUUUUUCAUCUCUUAUGUUUUUUUACCCUUUGACCUUUUUUUUUUCCACCAAGGAAAAGAUUAAGGGCUCUUGUGUCACCCUGUUGGAGCUCUGAUUGUCUUAAACCAACCAUUUACUCUAAUUUACCACUAAUUAUUGACACAUGAAUCGAAGAUGAUCUUAUCCACUGAUAAUGGUUUGUUUAUACAGGUUGCUUUUAGUACUCAGAAUAAAGUAGCGGACAGAUAAGUUAACAAGUUAAAGGGCUUUACUCUUACUAGUGGCACUAAGAUAACUUGAUAGUCAUCUAUGUUGGUAUUUAUAAAGACAGAAAAGCUGAUUAGACUAUGAACAGCAGCAGGAGUUUAGGAGUUUUAUGUGAUUUUCAGAUCAUAUUUUGUGCGUUUGUCCAAAUUUUAAGCAGUUUACAUCAAUUUUCUCAGAUUAUGACAACAUACUUUUACCUUGUGAUUUGAGACUUUACAUCAGUGGCGGCUGCUGGUCUUUCAAGGAGGGGAAGCUCAUUUUUCUGGCCUACAUCAUAAUUGUGUUUGUUUAUUUGUAUGUAACAGAACAGAGUCGCCAAACACAACGGCAGUCGUUUUUAACAAAGACAAAAGUCGCUGAGGAUCGGUAAAGUCUCCGGAGCAGUUAAGAACAACGGAAUGAAUAACUUGGAAAAUGCUUUGGUAGAUGUUUCAUUCUUCAAGGUCGCUGAUUCGCUUGUUUAGCUGUCAAUCAAAAAAAGGUUUCACCUCAGACAGCUCAUCCAAUCAUGGAUGCAGAAGCUCAGCGUCCGCGAGAAAGUUGGGACCGCCCUCUCGCCAUAGAACUCCAGAGACGCUGAGCGUCCGAUGGGCGGGACAAAGCCCAGAUUUUAUCCAAUGAGCGUCUAGUUUUGCUGUUGGAACAACCCACUUUGAGCUUCCACAUUAAAGUCAGCAGACGCUGAGCGUCCGGCUGUGUGAAGCGCUGAGGCGCUGCGAGGAUGAAUGAGAACGAAGUUAUGCCGGUUACCUGUGAUUAUCAACUUCUUAUCACAGUGUGAUAAGAAGCUGAUUCUGCACAAAAGAUGAAGGCUUUCUAGCGCGUAUUUAGUUAAUGAAAUGUACACACAGCAGUACGUAUUUCACCACUUUUUCUUUUUUUUGGGGGGGUGACAUUUUAAGGGAAGCUGAGCUUCCCUUGCAGUCUUAGAGCAAUCACCACUGCUUUACAUAUAUGUUGUAUUGACACUAAACUUUGUAACUUUGCAUUUUUGUUGUAAAUGUGCAUGAUAGACCUCCUUUAAAGAAGUUCAGUUUCUAAAUAUGCCUCAUCAUAAUUCUCACGUUUGUUUAUUGGAAAACUUUGACCUUCUGUCAGCUCCAAACGGAUGAUUGAUUUUCUCUUUUUUCUUACUAGAAUAACAACAACAACAAAAAUUCCACAUCAACACCUCUCAUUUUUUUCUCUCUCUGUCUUUCUGCAGAUCUGGGGCUUCUACAAGCAAGGCUACAAGUGUAAAGGUAAGAGCGACUGUCAUUGAGAUCGUACUCUGUGUGUGCUGCACUCAUGAGAGGAAUUACCUGCUUUAUUUGACCCCAUUGAUUCCCAGCCAUCACACACAAACACACAGCCUGUGCAGAUAAAGACCCUCUUGAUUGAAGUGCUGAGUAAAUGUCAUCCACACAGAAACCCUGGCAAACAUAUCACACUCUUUUAAUGGAUGGUCACACCAAGCUCAUUUUCCACUAACAGCUGGAUGUGCUCCAUCAGCUGAGACCACACUUCCCACAAUGCUUGGAUAUUUGUCCUCCAAAGGCUCCCAGUAGACCUGGUGUUUGAGGAAGCUGGUUCAUUUCACAAAUGCACACACACCUGGUCAUUAACUUUAAAAACACACACUCUGUUGGCUUUUUUUCCUCUCUGCAGACGUUCUGGCAGAAGAGUGUGCUGAUCCCUCAAAUCGAGUAAUGAUAAUCUGCAGACGUUCAGCGCUCUAAAUAAUUUACACUACAUAUGUUCCCAUCCAGAUGUCAAAUAAAGACUUUAGAAAUAAUGCCAAAUCUUAAAUGGAAAUCAUGCAUCCGAUUCCAUCUGCUGCAGUCUUUGGAGGAGUGAUUGAUGACAGCUCAGUUUUGUGAAUGGGGUAGAUGGAGUGAGAAGGCGGGGUUUCAUUGCUUUGAUGACCAAUUGCCAAAUCAGCUUUAGAAAGUAAUAAAUCCUGAGAGGAUGUCCAUAAUUUGUUUUGUAUUGUUUAUCAAUAUGGUCUUGAUCCUAUUAAUACUGGGUGAAAACUCCAACUUUUUUCUAGUCCUAGUUGACUGGUCGACUUGUUGGUCGAUACGUGCUGAGUCGACCAAAAUUCUGAUUGGUCGACUCAAUUUUUGCCGUGUCAAUUUACAGUCUAUGAUUAAUUUCUUUAGGAGCAAUGUACCAAGUGCUAAAAGGGGUGUUUUCAGAGCACCUCCGUUUCACAGGUAACAUCCUGUCGCAGAACAUCUCCUUUGUUUUCACCAUAUUUUGAGUGUUUCAACUUUCAUGUGAGUCCUCCUCUACCAUUCAUGUCAGAGACAUCAGCAUUGUGGCAGAAUUUUACCAAAAUAGAUGGUGGAUUAGGUUGUGUUUAAUUGCCUUCUUGUGUUGAUUAGUCGAUUUUGGUUGAAAACUUCAGGGUUUUAGUCAACCAAAUAUUUCUCUGGUUGAUUACAGCCCUUCUUUUUUCUCCUUUGGCAGGUAAAUACACGAGUCUAGAGCGUACACCCAAGAAAUGUAACCCUCAUGCUUACAGAAACAGGACCUAAUUUAUUCACCCUCUCCUUAUUGUUUGUCUUGCAAAACAAGCCUCAAUUAAGAACCAUCCUGUUCUCGACACCAACUGAUGGAGUCAUUUCGGUUCAUCUCAGGUGAGCUAACUGGAGCUUAUUAGACAGCUUGCAAGUUAUCAUCAAACACUUGAGUUGCAUAGCAACUGGAGUAAUUAAUGCUCCUUUGGGCUCUUUGAGGAGCUUCUGUCGAAACAAAAGGAGUGAAAAGAGGAAGUGGAGGGUAAAGACAACACUCUCUCUUCUCCUCACCUCUCUGAGGAGUGCCGGUCUCAGACUGGGAGUGUGUGAGUGUUCCAGCGUGUUCCAGUGCAUUAAUGACACCACGGGAAGUCAAUGAGAGAGCCCCACAGCCAUCCGUCCCCAUUACCAUUGUUAGCCUGUACUCGAGAAGGUAGAGAGAGCGGCAGCGACAUAAUUGAAAUGAAUCACCCGCCGCAGUGCAGGAGCAGAUUGUUGAGAGCUCUGAAUGUGGCAGUGUGUAGCUGAAUGUGUGUUUUUCAGCGGCCGACUUCAAAUAUCUGGAAUUGGAUAUCAGAGACACCUCAGUGUCAGUUUCCCUAUUUCAAAUCAAAACUACACAAGUAUGAUAAAACAGUGCCAAGCUCUCCCCUGUCUUUGACCCACUCUGUUAUUAUUAUAGGACACUCAUUCAGGGGACUGCUGAGAGCUCAGUCUCACCUUUCAUUUGUUUCUUAAAUUUGUAACCAGGAGAGCUGCUCUCUAUUUGUUUCCUGUCUUUGCAGACUUCACUAUGUUAAACACAACCUAACCAGAACACAACUCUGUGUUGAGCAUCACUUCUCUUGCCUGACUUCAGCAGAAAAACAACAUGAACAUCACAUCCAGCAGUACACUAAAGCUCCUUUUACGUUAAGACUCCACCAAAAGGCUGUAACGAAGCUCUGCUGUUAUUACACCCUGCAAUACUGGACCCCACAGUGUUGUUGUGAAACCCCUGCUGUUAUCCAGACAAUCCUUUUUUAGGGAAGACCUUCAUAUUUCGGCAGGACAAAGCCAAAUCACUUUCCGCAAGUAUUUCAGCAAUAUGGCUCAGGAGUAGAACAGUCCUGCAGCUAAAGUGACCUGCUUAUCACCCACUGAGAACAUUUGGCACAUCAUGAAAGGUGAAAAUAACUCUUAAGGAUCAGCUGAAAUCCUUAAACAUGCAGAAGGACAAUAUUUCUCCUAAAACUCUAGAUUCUGGUUUUCUUGGUUACUAGAUAUUUAUAGAAUGUUGCUAUGGAGUUCUUUGUCCUUUUUUAAACAGACUCUCAGCAUCACAUAAAUAUGGACAUGUAUUGACUGUGACAUCUUUUUUCUUCAACUCCUGCUGCUUAGCAGAUUUAUUCUUCCUCAGUCUGACCCUCUCCUUCUCUCUCCCACCAUCUUCCCCUCUUUCCUGGUCUUUCCUCUCUUUCCUCCCACGUCGCCUUCUUUCUCGGCAUCCCCCCACCCUUCCUCCCAUCACCUCUCAUUACCUCCCUCCAUCCUCCUUCACAUGGCUGCAGCCUGCGGGGUGAACUGCCACAAGGCCUGCAGAAGCCGCCUGGCUGUGGAGUGCCGUAAGAGGACCAAGAGUAUCAGCCACGAGUCGCCUCCAGCCCUCCAGGCCAGAUCCUACAGCUUCCCUCCACCUGCUAACCCCCCACCCAGCCUGCAGAACACAGGUGAGUGCUGAAGUGGUUUUCAAUGUAGGCUUAACUAUAGUAUUUUUGUUAGGGUGUCAUUUCCUAUACAUGUGAAAGUAGUGAUUAUUUCUGAUAAAUCUCCUCCUGCUGUCGUUGAACAGUGAAAUGCAUGAAUAACGUGUCUGGAUUCAGGACUUCAUUUCUGGGAAAGCAUCUCUAGGACCCUUGUAAUUUGAAAAUGCACCAUCUAAUGAUCCCCAGACACUUAAUGUCCAACCACCUUUUUAGAUUCUAAUAAUAAUAAUAAUAAUAAUAAUAAUAAUAAUAAUAAUAAUAAUAAUAAUAAUAAGAAGAAGAAGAAGAAGAAGAAGAAGAAGAAGAAGAACUUUAUUGAUUCUUAUUCUUAUAAGUUGUUAUGAGAAUCUAAAAAUGUGGUUAGAUGAAAAUAUAUAAUAUAUAUUUAAAAAAAUAUAUAAUAUAUAUUAUAUACAAUCAUUAUAAUAUAUAUAUUUUAAUAUCUAACGUCACUAUUUUGAGUGUUAAAUAUCACCAUUUUAACAAUCUAAAACCUUUAUUUAGUGUCUUGUGUAACCAUCCAAUGGUUUUAAGUGUGUAACAUAAGAGUUUUUUCUCUGGGACUAGUGUUGGAGUCCAGUUUAACCAGAUUUUUUGUCCAAUGUGACCAAAUUAAGACUCUGAAGUAACCAUUUACUGGUGAAUCAAUUUUUAAUGUUCAGUUAAGCCAUUUAUGGAGUCUGACAGCCCUUCUUUGGUGCCUUACACCAUCUUUUAAAUGUCUAUUUAGACAGUCUGAGUUGACUGCUGUUUUUGUCUUACGUCACCAACUGUACCCCAAGAAUGACAGGGAGAACACAAAGGUCCGGAAGAUGCUGUACCUGAAUUGUGACCCUGAAACUAAAGCUUCUGACCCUGCAAAUCUAUGCCCUAAAAUUCAUUAAGGAUUGGCACAAAUAAUCGUUUUUCUGUUGUUGGGUCUUACAGUCUUGUUCGCUUUCGUUGGUCUUAUAAAGACAACUGCAGUAAAUGAAGCCAGUCCCAAAAACUUUUGCAGAAACACAUCAUUUAGUUUACCAAAGCAGUCCAGAGUUCUCCUCUCUCACUUUUUGAAGGGUGCUGUUCUCACCCCAAACAUAUUGAGCCCUGACAUUUGGGCAAUAUUCUCAGACAAAAGACGGUCAUUUGCAUUGGAAAUGUGAUCGGCCCACAACAGCGAGGCCAAUGACUCAUAGAUUCAGUGUUUUCAUCAGACCUCAGCAAAAAGAGGUGCCCUGUCUGGGUCUGCUCUUUUCUAUCAGAGUGAAUCUGUGUGAUCAAUGGGCGAGACAAUGCUGCAAGGUGAAUAUAUCGGCAGGGUAAACAGACCAAGGCCACACAUUUCAUUAGCUUAGCAUUUGCAUGUUGAUGCGACAAACUGAUCAAUGUAAUUAAUUCAUUUCCAUUUCUCUCCUACCAUUGUCUGUGAUUACAUUAGUGAUUGCUGAGGAGGACAUCGAGUCAGUGGAGGAAGGAGUGUUUGAUGUCCACCUAUAACCAGGUAAGAGAAGUGUUUGAUCUGUUUGUGAGAGAAACUACUCCUUAAUAGGGCUGGGACUUGAUUAAAAAAAUUAAUCUAGUUAAUCAGAGGCUUUGUAAUUGAUUAAUCGCAAUUAAUCACAUUUUAAUCGCAUAUAAAUAUUUGACCUGAGAAAAGUGAGAAUCAUUUUUUUAAAGGGUAUAUAAGUGAAUCAAUGAAUAGCGAACUGAAUGAACACAUAAGCUUAAGCAAACAGAACAUUAUUAUUUUUUUUAAGGAUUUACUUAACCAAGACCAACAGAUCAGUGCAUUUUUUAUGCCAUAAAGUGCAGCAAAUUUAGGAAUGAAAAAUACAGAAUCAAUUUCAGAGAUUCAGGUUGCCUAUAAAGGACCAGUGAGCCAGAGAGUUAGUUAAUUUUUCUGAUGUGGACUUACUCAUCUUAGCUCUGAAUCCGCUCAUCUGGUCGAAUGUGGGUGGAGUGUGGGUCACUGUACCUGGAGUCAGACUAACAUUAGCUUCUAUGCGAGCUGCAACAUGUUUAGCAUUCAGGUGAUACCGGAGGCUUGACAUGAUGCGGUGAUAUGCAAAUUCUUUUUUAGCAUAGUUUGUACAAGAUUAUUUUUUUAUUCAGGCUUCUAUCCAUCUUUUUUUUCCAUCCACGACUUUGUUCAUUUUUCCGUGCACUGGGUGGGACUGGAAUAACUGCUGCACUCAUUCACAUUUGGGUGCCCUGGAAUAAGCGGUAUACCUGAAAUUCAUACAACAGUGCAAAAAUACAGUAGGUGCGAUUAAUAUGCGUUAAUAUUUUUAACAAGAUAAUAUAAAUUAAUUAAUUACAAUUAACACGUUAAAGUCCUGGCCCUACAUUUAUCAGUCAAGUUUUACUGCAGUUUUCUCAAUUUCUGUUUUAACUUUGAAGACUCUUAAAGGGAUAUGUCAGAAUUUUUAAAGUAAGGUCGUAUGAAUCACAUGUCACUGUGGAGACCAGUCAGACAAGAGAAGCAAGUGCUUGUUAAAGAGUCACAAAUCCUCACAACACUUUCUCCACCUACUGUUCAAUUUGUGUUCAGACAGUCACUUUGUUAACUCCCAGAAAAAGUCAGCAGCUCAAUCCCAGAGAUUUCCUCUUCAUGUUGUGUUUAAUUGGUUUAUUCUUUACAGGGCAGUUGAGGUAAAACUAAUCAGUGUUUUACAAGACGGAUGCAGUGAUCAGAGUCGACAGGAAAAAAUUAAACCUGAUUCUGUACCGCGAACUGCUCCUCUCUGCUGUCAAAUUACAUUCACUGCAACUUCUCUCGAAACACCCUGGAGGGAGGUCUGAUUUCCAUGUUGAUUUGAAGAUGUUGUAUCUGUACAUCUUUGUUAUAAGGUCCAAUAUAACUAAACAACAGAUCAGGCUGGUAUUACACAGGAGCGCUGAGAGGCAAAAAUGACGCAUCAACACAAGUUAUUUGAGAGUAUGAGGCGAUGAGUGUGUUAACAUGGAUUUGAGUGUCCUGUCUUGGUUUUCAUCCUAUUCAGAAUAUGACACUGAGAAAUCUGGUAAUUCAACAUGUUCUCACCUCUGCCUGGUGUCAGCCUGUCCCUGCCACUGCACAGAACAAGGGUGUAAUGAGAGGCAGUGGUGCUGUAGCCUGUUCGCCGAGCACCUGAAUUGUCCAGCUCUCAAGGUUUUCUCAAAUUAGCUGUUGUGCAAUUCCAGGAGUUUGAGAUGUACCAUCUAUCUUUAUGCACCGGAAAUGGUUUUGACUGGGGCACCUUUUAAAGAGGAAUUAGACACUUUUGUUGCCAUCAUGAUUAAUUUGCACUUGCACCCAGGGCCACUUGAGAUGUCAGACCAUCAUACAUACACUAAAUAUGAGGUUUAAGAAGGGGCAUUGGAGGUGUGGAGUCUCAUGAAUAAUACCCUUCUUUUCCCAGCAGGAAAAGAGAGCUACCAUUAUUCACUUUUAUGACCAUGCAACAUGUUUUCAUGCUGAUAAUUUCCUCCUGCUCUGUGUCAUUGUAUUACAGUCCCUGCAGGAUCCUUGAACUUAAGUGUGAUUUUCAUGACCAGGCCAGUGACAGUCUCCAGCUCUCUAUUUUAGAGUCCCUCCUACGGGUUGGUGUGUGCAAGAAGCCAAAUGAGCAGCUGUCGGGGGAGCCAGACACAGAAUGUGCAACAGUAUGUCAGUUUAACAGCCCUCAGCAGUGAGGAGGGAAUGCACUGAACACAAGCCAGGACACCUACAUGCUGCCACACAGUGGAAACAACCUGCAACAGCAAGUCCAGCCAACUCCCAGGAAUAUGACCAACGUGAAUAGAAAGUGUUUGUGAUAUCUGUGUAAGAUUUAGAUUCUCUGUCAGCCAAAAGUGUUUCUGUAAAACUUCCAGAAUAAUCCACAAAUUGUAUUUUCUCACUGGAAUGAUAAGAGCUUGUGGAGUUUAAAGUUUUCGCCUUUUUUUCUGCUGAUUCAAAUCGCUGUCUACUUUUUUCUGUACAACACAAAAGGGGUGCUGUUAUCACCGAGAAUGUAAGCUGCCGCCCAGACUAAAGCUUCUGUCUUCUUUAUCCAUGAAGAUUGUUUUUGUUUUACAAUGGACCGAUAAUGGGACCAAUUUUGCUGUCAGAUUUGUGGUGCUCGUCUGAAUCUUGAUAAGAAAAAUUAUUAACUUUGCAGACAAAAGAAACAUAUAAAACACCUCUGUGGACAAGGAUGGACUGGAGUGUUAUAUUUUUGUCAUGUUUAUCAGAAUAUUAGUGAGUGUACUAUAGUUGUUGCUGUUGUGUUGUUUCCAGUAUACAGUACUGUCUUGUAUCUGUACACUGAUCGAUGAUCUCUCCUCUUGCAGUACUGUGAAUGUAGCAAAAAGAGUACAAUUCUGCUGUUGGAUGAAAAACUCAUAAACCCUCUAUAAAUCAGUCGACAGCAGAGAGACUGAAAACCGUCUAAACUUCCUGCUGCUUCUUCCCGAUUGGUUUUGAAUGAGCUUUGAAGCUCUGAGGCUCUCAGUAACAAAAAAAAAAAAAAAACGAACAAAAAAAACCCCACACCAAAUAGACUGCCAAAAACCAGAGUAAUGAGGCUUUUUAUUUGACAGCAGUGUAUAAAGAUGUUAUUUCUCUGAGAAUGUUUUUCUUUUUUAAUGCAAGUUAAGUAUUUCGCUGUUUUUAUCCUGCAUGCCUCUCUCCUCAAAGCUCCGUUCUCCGGCCAGAUGUUUCAGCUACAGAUGAUUUUUCAUUUUUUAAACGUCAACUUAUCAUAUAUUUAGGAAAUACUGACUCUUGAAAUUCCUACAAGAGGUUUCCAAUGCUUUGUGCCUGUGGAGACAUGAAUUCCGACUUUGAGUGCCAUAUUGUGAACUGCUGGUUCGUCAUUGAAUGAGACUCCUUGCAUCGCUGGUAUUUAUUUUUUCUGUAUAAAAAGCUAAAUAGCUGCCAGUCCUUCUGUGUUACUCCCCGCCUGACGAAGGAUGUUUGUUGUCAUUCUGUGAAUGAAUCUUUCAGACUGAUGUCAUGCUCAUCCUUGUGCUCCCUUGAUGAUUCCUCAGUAUUAAAAACAGCAGACAUCACUCCAGUAUGUGUUGUGAAAAGAUUUUU